AGCAGUUGGAGCAUUCCCAGCCUCGCCUCGGGUGGAGGGACUGCAGGGGAACAAAACUACACGGCUCGUCUCUGUGUAGUUUUGUUUUUGUCAGGGAGGACUUUGAGGCUCCACCGUUCUCACUUUGGACUUUUCUGCUCACACCGAUCUGGAUCAGGGGACUGCAGCUCGUUAGUCAGCCGGGCCCCGUCCCAUCAGUGCCAGGCACUCUUGUGGAAACAAGGUGCCGACCAACAUGUCCACACAGGCGCCGACGUUCACUCAGCCGCUUCAGAGCGUCGUGGCACUUGAGGGUAGUGCCGCGACGUUCGAGGCUCAAGUUAGUGGUUCUCCAGUUCCUGAGGUGAGCUGGUUUCGUGAUGGCCAGGUUCUUUCCACCGCCGCUCUGCCCGGCGUUCAGAUCUCGUUCAGCGAUGGCCGCGCUGUUCUGAGGAUCCCCGCUGUGACCGCCGCACACAGCGGACGCUUCUCUGUCAGAGCCACCAACGGUGCUGGACAAGCCACGAGCACUGCUGAACUCCUUGUUACAGCGGAGACGGCGCCCCCCACCUUCAUCCAGAGACUGCAAAGCUCCACGGUGAGGCAGGGCAGCCAGGUGAGGCUGAAUGUCCGGGUCUCAGGGAUCCCCACACCUGUGGUGAAGUUCUACAGGGAGGGAGCUGAGAUCCAGAGCUCUGCCGACUUCAGGAUCCUGCAGGACGGAGACCUGUACAGUCUGCUGAUUGCAGAGGCCUUCCCAGAGGAUUCUGGGACAUAUUCUGUGACAGCCACCAACAGCAGCGGACGGGCCACGUCCACCGCUGAACUGCUGGUUCAAGGUGAAGAACCUGUUCCAGCCAAGAAAACCAAGACAGUGAUUUCAACCGCUCAGAUUUCACAGACCAGACAGACCAGAGUGGAAAAGAGGAUGGAAGCCAGUUUCCAGGCCACGUCCACCAUGAUCGAGAUGCAGAUGGAGGGUGUUGAGCUGGCUCAUACUUUGGGUCACAAGACUCCACCCAAAGUUCUACCUAAACCCCCUUCCAAGUCCCCAACCCAGUCCUCACUGGUUGCCAAGGUGACCGGAGGACGCCAGCAGUCACCAUCACCUGUCAGACACGUGAAGGCACCUACGCCUACAACCGUCAGGCCGGUGAAGUCACCCAUCACCACACGAAAACAGCCUGCCCCUGCCACUGAGGUACCGCCACCAUGGAAGCAGGGAGGUGACCCCACCAAAAGAGGGGAUCAGCCAAUCAAAGGAGUCAGAGAGGUGGAGGAGGCAGCAACUGUACCAUCUCCAGGUGGCGCUGUGGUUCCACCGACCGUGGUCUCUGGCUUGAAGAAUACGAAUGUGACUGAGGGCGAAUCCAUAACCCUGGAGUGUCAGAUCAGUGGUCAGCCCGCCCCCGUCAUCAUGUGGUUCAGAGAAGACUAUAAGAUCGAGAGCUCCAUUGAUUUCCAGAUUACCUAUACGAGCGGAUAUGCUCGAUUGAUGAUCCGUGAGGCAUUCGCUGAGGACAGCGGACGCUUCACCUGCACCGCCACCAAUGAGGCGGGAACCAUCAGCACCUCCUGCUACCUGCUUGUCCAAGUGUCUGAAGACAUUGAGAGCAGACAGGAGACAGCUGCCCCAGAACAUGUAGAGACUGCUCAGAAACCAGUUACAGAGGAAACCAAAGAAGAGAUUAUCGAGCCAGAUGCUCCUGCUGCUGCUCCCUUCUUCGUCAAGAAACCGAGUGUCCAGAAGCUUGUGGAGGGAGGAAGUGUUGUGUUUGAGUGUCAGGUUGGAGGAAACCCGAAACCUCACAUCCUGUGGAAGAAGAACGGUGUGCUGCUCACCACCGGAUACAGAUAUAAUGUUGCCUACAAGAAGGAGACUGGAGUGUGCAGACUGGAGAUCUCCAUGACCUUCGCUGAUGAUGCCGGAGAAUACGUCAUCCUUGCUAAGAAUCAACUCGGAGAAGUCUCAGCCUCCACCAGCCUCCUGGAGGAAGAGGAAUAUGAAGUCUACAUAAAGAAACAGGAAGAAACCUUUAAGACUGAAGUGACAGCUUUGGUACAGGAACCCAAAGUGGGAGACACUCCGCCCGUGACGGAGCAGAUGACCACAACCAUUAUCUCCGGACAGGAGUUCCAUUUGUCUGCCAUGGAGCAGAGGAUCAUUCAGGAGAUAGAGCUCAACAUAAUGAAGAUUACCUACAGAGAGAUUGUGACAGAGGAUGGAGAGUUGAUGGUGACUGCCACCUCCACCGAGGCAGUGCAGCCAGUCUUUGAAACCUCCGUUAAAAAUUACAGAAUUAUGGAAGGAAUGAGUGUCACCUUUCACUGCAAGAUGUCUGGAAUACCACUCCCCACGAUUGCUUGGUUUAAAAAUGGCCAGCGCAUCAGGUCUAGCGAUCAUUACCACAUGGAGGUUCUUCAGGAUGGACGGGCCAGCCUUCGUUUGUCCAUGGUUCGACCGGAGGAUGAAGGUGUGUACACAGCCUUCUCCACCAACAUAAAGGGAAAUGCUGUAAGUUCAGGGAAGCUCUACGUCGAGUCAACUGGUGCUGCUCCUCAGAGGUACACACCACAGCCUGCAGUUCAGAGGAUCAGGUCUACAUCUCCUCGUUCUCUGAGCCGCUCUCCCGGCCGUUCACCCAGCCGUUCACCUGGACGCUCUCCUGCUCGCCGUCUCGAUGAGACCGAUGAGUCUCAACUGGAAAGACUUUACAAACCUGUGUUCGUCAUGAAACCUACCUCAUGUAAAUGUUCUGAGGGACAAACUGCCAGAUAUGACCUGAAGGUUGUUGGCAGACCGAUGCCUGACACUUACUGGUUCCACAAUGGACAACAAGUGGUUAGCGACCACACCCAUAAGAUUGUUGUUAAAGAGGAUGGUACUCAGUCCCUGAUCAUUGUCCCAGCCAUGCCACACGACUCUGGAGAAUGGACUGUGGUGGCCCAGAACAGAGCCGGACGCUCCUCCAUCUCUGUCACUCUCACUGUUGAUGCCAAAGAGACCUUGGUGCGUCCACAGUUCACUGGGAAGCUGAAGAACAUCAGUGUGAAACAGGGAACUCUGGUUGAACUGGCUGUCAAAGCCAUUGGAAACCCCCUGCCUGACAUCGUCUGGCUGAAAAACAGUGACAUCAUCAGCCCACUGAAGCACCCAAACAUCAAGAUUGAAGGAACCAAAGGAGAGGCCAAAUUCCAAAUUCCAUCUGCUGCUGGUUCAGACAGUGCCUGGUACACCGCUACAGCCAUCAACAAGGCCGGCAGAGACACCACCCGCUGUAGAGUCAACAUUGAGGUCGACUAUGUUGAGCCUGAACCAGAGAGGAAGCUCAUCAUUCCCAAAGGUACCUACAAAGCCAAAGAGAUCACACCUCCUGAGUUGGAGCCCCUCCACCUGAGAUAUGGCCAAGAGCAGUGGGAAGAGGGUGACCUUUAUGACAAAGAGAAGCAACAGAAACCUGUGUUCAAGAAGAAGAUGACAUCCAUCAGGAUGAAGCGUUUUGGUCCAGCUCAUUUUGAAUGCAGACUGACUCCAAUUGGGGACCCCACCAUGGUGGUGGAGUGGCUACAUGAUGGCAAACCACUGGCUGCUGCAAACAGGCUGCGCAUGGUCAACGAGUUUGGCUACUGCAGCCUAGACUAUGAAGUUGCUUAUGCUAGAGACAGUGGAGUCAUCACCUGCAGAGCUACCAACAACUUUGGAGUUGACCAAACUUCGGCCACCCUGGUUGUUAAAGAUGAGAAGGGCCUUGUUGAGGAAACACAACUUCCAGAAGGAAGGAAGGGAGUGUACCGAAUGGACGAGAUUGAGCGUAUGGCUCAUGAAGGUGGACCUGCUGGAGUCACUGCUGAAGAAGAAACAGAGAAAAUGAAACCAGAAAUCGUCCUUCUACCUGAACCAGUCAGUGUUAUGGAAGGUGACACAGCUCGCUUCCGCUGCAGAGUGACCGGUUAUCCAGCUCCAAAGGUUAACUGGUACCUCAAUGGACAACUCAUCCGCAAAAGCAAGAGGUACAGACUUCGUUAUGAUGGAAUUUACUACCUGGAGAUUGUUGACAUCAAGUCCUAUGAUUCAGGUGAGGUUAAAGUUGUAUCAGACAACAUUCUGGGUCAAUCUGAAUACACAGUGAAGCUGGAAAUUCAGCAAAAAGAGGAUUUCAGAACUCAUCUGCGCCAUGCACCUGAAGCUAAGGGAGCUGAAGCUACACAGGAGCCUGGAAAAGUCACAUUUGAGGUUGUGAAGACCGAGAAACCCGUUGAGGAUUCACAGCUGAAGGAGGUGGUCAAGCUUAAGAAGGCUCAAAGAAUUGUGCGUGAAAAAGCCAUCGAGGAGUCAGAGGAGCUGAGGAGCAAAUUCAAACGUAGGACAGAGGAAGGCUAUUAUGAGUCUAUCACUGCAGUAGAGCUCAAAUCUCGUAAGAGGGAUGAUUCUUAUGAAGAUCUACUGAAGAAGACAAAGGAGGAGCUUCUUCACCAUGCCAAGGAGAAGGAGGAGGCUGAGAAGAAGAAGGAAGAGGAGCGCCGUAAACUUGUUGCGAAAUCACUGAAACCAGAGAGAGUCAAGCUCUCCCCCAGCAUGGAAGCUCCUAAGAUCCUGGAGCGUAUCACUAGUCAGACAGUUUCACUCGGUGAUGAAGUGAAGUUCAGAGUCAGAGUCGUCGGUAGACCAGAACCAGAGUGUCAGUGGUUCAAGAAUGGCAUUCAGCUGGAGAAGUCCGAGCGUAUUUACUGGUACUGGCCUGAGGACCACGUGUGUGAACUGGUGAUCAGAGAUGUUACAGCAGAGGAUUCUGCCAGUAUUAUGGUGAAGGCCUCCAAUACUGCUGGAGAAACUUCAAGCCACGCCUUCCUACUGGUACAAGCAAAACAAGUUAUUACCUUCACCCAGCAGCUGGAGGAGGUCAAUGCCAAAGAGAAGGAUACAAUGGCAACCUUUGAGUGUGAAACAAAUGAGCCUUUUGUUAAGGUCAAAUGGCUGAAGAAUAAUGUGGAAAUCUUCUCAGGAGACAAAUACAGGAUGCACUCAGACAGAAAAGUCCACUUCUUGUCAGUGCUGAUGAUUGAAAUGAGAGAUGAUGCGGAAUACACCUGCAUGGUUAUAGACGAUGAGAAUAUCUGGACAAGUGCCAAUCUCAUUGUUGAAGGAGCCCCUCUAGAGAUCGUGAAGCAGCUGGAGAACACCGAGGUGCCCGAGACGUACUCUGGGGAGUUUGAAUGUCUUGUAUCUCGUGAGGAUGCUGACGGCACCUGGUUUUUUGACGAUAAGCUGCUGUCGCCCAGUGGUAAAUACGCCAUGUCCUCUCGCCGUGGAAGACACACUCUAUCAGUAAAGGAUGUCAAGAAGGAAGACCAGGGAAAAUAUACUUUCCAAGUUGGCGAAUUCAAGACAAGUGCUACACUGAAGAUGAAAUUGCGUCCCGUGACCCUGAUGCAGCCUCUGACUGACUUAACAGUUUGUGAGGGUGAUAUUGCUCAGCUUGAGGUAAAGUUUUCCCAGGAGAAUGUUGAAGGAAGCUGGAUGAAGAAUGGACAGCCAAUUUCAGCUUCAAGUCAUGUGCACAUUGUCAUUGACAAACAAAUCCACAAACUCCUGAUUGAAGAUGCCAAGAAGGAUGACUUUGGAGUCUACUCUUUUGUGGCUCCUGAUCAUGACAUUUCAUCCUCUGCAAAGCUGUCCAUUCAGUCUAUUGGUAUUUUGAUACCAUUAAAGGACACAUCUACCAUUGAAGGCACCAAGGCUGUCCUGGAGGCCAAGAUCUCUGCUCAGGACAUCAGCUCUGUCAAAUGGUACCAAGAUGACAUACUACUGGAGCCCAGUGAGAGGGUCAGUAUGGUGGCAAAAGGAUCCAAGCAACGUCUGGUCUUCACCAGGACCUAUGCUUCUGAUCAAGGACGCUACAAAAUGGUUGUUGGUCGAGUGGACACCAGUUGCAAAUUAACUGUUGAGCCGGUGCAGAUCAUGAAGCCAAUGAAAGACACAGAGUGCUCAGAGUCUGAAAAUGUCACCUUCGAAGUCGAGGUUUCUCACCCGGGAAUUGACCCUUAUUGGACCUUCAAGAAUCAGCAGCUCAAAUCUGGCACCAAGCACAAGUUGGAGACCAAGAAUACACUCCACACGCUGACCGUCAUCAAUGCCAUGAAGGAUGAAGAGGGCGAAUACAUGUUUGCUGCUGGUGAGAAGACAUGCAGAGCUUCACUCACAGUAACAGGCGGUGCCAUCAAGAAGCCUCUGCAGGAUCUGGUUGUAGCUGAUUCCCAAACGACAGUGCUAGAGUGUCAGGUAGCUAACCCAUCAGCUGAAGGAAAGUGGCUGAAAGAUGGUCAGCCCGUCGAUUAUAGUGAAAACAUCAUGAGUGAGGAGGACGGCGCUGUGAGACGGCUCAUUAUCAUCAUCACCAGAGCCACUGAUAUUGGAGAAUACACCUAUCAGGUCGCCACCUCCAGGACCACUGCCUCCCUGAAAGUUGAAGCUGUAAAGAUCAAGAAGACCCUAAAGAACCUGAACGUGGUUGAGACCCAGGAGGCUGUGUUCAGCCUUGAGCUGACCCAUGAGAACGUCAGAGGAGCACAGUGGAUCAAGAAUGGUAUUGAGAUCCAGCCCAGUGAUAAAUUUGAAAUCACUACAGAGGGAACAGUUCACACCCUGAAGAUCAAAAACUGCAACACCCAAGAUGAGUCUGUGUACUCUUUCAAACUGGGGAAGCUGUCUGCAAACGCAAGGCUUAAUGUUGAAACCAUCAAGAUCCUGAAGAAGCCUAAAGAUGUCACAGCCCUGUUGGGUGCUACCUCUAUGUUUGAAGUGGGGAUCUCGGAGGACAACAUCCCGGUAAAAUGGAUGUUUAACAAUGUGGACCUGAAGCCCAGUGAGCACUACACCAUCCUUUCAGAGAAGAGGACCCACAAACUGAUAGUUUGCGAUGUGGACAACGAGAAACAGGGAGAGUACACAGCUGUGGUUGGACACCUGCAGUGCAGCGCUCACCUCAUCGUUGAGUCUCUGCGAGUCACCAAACCCAUAAAGAGCGUGGACGUCCCGGAGACCCAGGUAGCCACGUUCGAGUGUGAAGUUUCUCACUUCAACGUGCCGUCCAUCUGGCUGAAGGAUGGCGUGGAGAUCGAGAUGAGCGAGAAGUUCAGGAUCGUGGUUCAGGGGAAACUCCACCAGCUGAAGAUCAUGAACACCAGCAGGGACGACUCUGCAGAGUACACCUUCGUCUGCGGGAACGACCGAGUGUCAGCCACGCUCACUGUCAACCCAAUUCUGAUCUCAACAAUGCUGGAAGACAUGAACGCUCAGGAGAAAGACACUGUCACUUUCGAGGUGACCGUCAACUAUGAAGGAAUCACCUACAAGUGGUUGAAGAAUGGCAUGGAGAUCAAGUCCACCGACAGAUGCCAGGCUCGGUGCAAACAGUUCACCCAUACUCUGAGCAUCAGAAAUGUUCACUUUGGAGACAGCGCUGAGUAUGCCUUCAUGGCAGGGUCUGCAGUCACCUCAGCUAAACUCUACGUGGAGGCACGUGUGAUUGAAUUCACCAAACACCUGAGGGACCUGAAGAUCACCGAGAAGAAAAGGGCUACCUUUGAAUGUGAAGUGUCGGAACCAAACGUCCAGGUGAUGUGGAUGAAGGAUGGUCAAGAGCUGGAGAUGUCCGACAGAUACAAAAUCUCCUCAGAUCAGUUUGUACACCGUCUGGUUCUGCCGUCAGUCCGCCUGUCUGAUGCUGGCGAGUACACCGCCGUGGCCGGGUCGAGCAUGUCCAAGGGUAACCUGGGAGUGGAAGGACGAGAUGUUAAGAUCUCAGAGCCUGCCAGCAGAGACAUCACAGUUGUUGAGAAACAAAGAGCCAACUUUGAGUUUGAGGUGAACGAGGACGAUGUGGAGGGCCACUGGUUGAAGAACGGUGUGGAGAUCCAGUUAACAGAGGAGGAGAGGUUUAACUAUGCGAUCAUCAAGAAGGUGCACCGCCUCACCAUCUCUGAAACCUACAGGAGCGACGCUGGGGAGUACACCUUUGUUGCCGGCAAGAACCGGAGCACCAUGAACCUCCAUGUGAGAUUGCCAGAGCUACCUCAGAUUGUCCGCCACAUGGAGCCCCAGACGGCGCUGUCGGGCCGGUUGGUUCGCUUCUCUGUGCAGUUGAGCGGCCUGCCCCAGCCUCAGGUGUUCUGGUACAAAGACUCCCAGCUUCUGUCCACCAGCUACAAGUGUAAGUUUCUUCAUGAUGGAGACGAACACACGCUGCUGCUGCUCGAAGUCUUCCCAGAGGACGCUGGCAUCUACAGCUGCGAGGCCAAAAAUGAUUACGGAGAGGCUGCAAGCUCCGCCCCCCUCACGGUAGAAGUUCCUGAGGUGGUGGAAGCCGUGGCUCAAAUUUCUGCCCCGGUUCUGGUCACUCCUCUGAAAGACGUCUUGGUCUCAGAGGGACAUCCUGCCCAACUGAGGUGUAGCGUCUCUGGGGAAGAUCUGCAGGUGGCUUGGUUCUGUAAUGACAGAGAGAUCCGACAGUCAAACAUCUUCAGAAUGUCUCAUUUAGAUGAAACCUGCCUGUUGGAGAUAUCCAAAGUUCUUCCUGCACAUGAGGGAGAGUACUCAUGUAUUGCCACAAACUUGGCAGGAAUGGUCACAUGUUCUGCCUCUUUGCACCUCGACGAUGAAAAUGUCUUAGCUAGAGUGUCAAACACCGAGGCUGAGACUAAGCUAACGCAGAGACUGGAGGCUCAGACAGAGAGUUUCAGAUCUCUGUUGGUGGGUCAAGUAGCUCACAGUGUUGAGUUUUCUGAGACGGUCUCUGAAAGUCCCUCUGUGUCAUGGAGGACUGCUGAGAUUCAAAUGGAGAGUGUAAGCUCAGUGGAGACCAGCUUGGACUUCAAAUUCUCAGCCAGACCGAAGCUGCUGGUGGAAAUGAAUGACGUCCGAGUGAAAAGCGGCGAGGUAGCUGAAUUCAGCUGCUCGUUUGAUGGGCAGCCCUUCACCGGAGUGGUAUGGAAUCAUAAUGAUCAAAACCUGGUGAACACAGAGCGGGUGAGGAGUUCUCAAAGUGGGGACUUUUUGUCCCUGGUCAUUCAUGGUGUUGACGUGGCAGAUCAGGGAGUUUACUGCUGCACAGCCACCAACCAACAUGGUCAGAACAGUUCUUCUGCCAAGCUCACCGUUGAAGCUAAAGAAGCAACCCUCAAAGCAGAGACCCCUAUCCCCACCGAUUCUGUUUGUAAAGUGUCUCACGCAGACAGGGAGAGCCCUAGAAACCUCUCUGACCAAGACAAGCAGGAGUCCAAGGAGAAGAUGGGACCAUUGCCCAAGUCUUCCCAGAGAUCUUUCAACUUGAUCAGCCACCUCUAUUUCCCAGAUGUUGCACUUCAUGAUGAGCAGAGUCAUCGGUUCUCCAACUGCCACGAGUUUCUGAUCAAACUCCCCCCGGAACUGCAGAUUAAAAACAAGGACAUCAGCUCCUUGUUCUGCUUUUGGAAGGGGCUUCCCACUCCUUUUGCUAUUUGGCUUUACAACCGUCUGAAUGUCAAGGAUUCUGGUUCAUACUCUUUGAAAGAAGACAGCACAGUUUGCUGUUUAAAUGCUAAUAAUGUGGGAGCCAAGCCAGGGGGUUCUUAUUCUUACAAAAAUGUAAGCUCAGCUGGAGAAGCUGAGUGCAACACAAUGAUGAAAGUAGCUGAAGUGGAAAAGGAACCUGCGAUCCAGGCAGAAGGGAAAGCCUUUUCCAGUUCAACUGUUAUGAUGGAGGAGGAAACCCAGGAGUUGUACUACACCGGCGUAAAGUUGCCUCACAAAACCAGAACACUUGAACUCAAACCAGCAUCCAAACAUUUUUCCAGCACUUUAGAGAAGAAAAAAGAAAAACCAGUUUUUCUCAGCAAACUUUCUCCAGCGGCUACAACUGUUGGAGAAACUUUUGCUUUUACUGUUAAAGUCUCUGGUUUUCCUAAACCCACAGUCCAGUGGUUCCACAAUGGGCAGAAUAUAACCUCUUCAUCUUUGUAUAGGUUUAUUCAUGAAGAGGAGGCGUACAGCUUACUCAUUGACAAAGUUCAAAGGGAGUUUGAGGGAGAGUAUUCCUGCACGGUCAGCAACAGGUUUGGGCAGUCAACAUGCUCAUCUUACCUCUUUGUUCAUCUGAAGGAACCCCAAAGUGAGGACAAAACUGAUGGCAAGCCCCCAAAGUUUCUGAAACCUGUCAAGUCUGUUCAGGUGUCUGAGGGGGGUGAGUGUUUCUUCAGGUAUACUGUGACUGGAGACCCUCUUCCUCGGGUUCAGUGGUUCAAAGGCAGCAUCCACAUUGAUCCUAGUGGGUUCUAUAUCUUGGUGAACAACCCAGAUGGUUCAGGCUUUAUGAAUAUUAAAGGUGUCAAGCAAGAGCACAGUGGCGUCUACACCUGUAAGGCCUCCAACCAGCACGGGGAAGACUCCUGUAGUGCUGAGCUGCUUGCAUUCAGUCAGAAACUCCAAGAAGAGCACAUGUUAGUUCAGAAAACCAAAGGUCUGAAGAUUUCUAUGACUGAGCAAAGCACAGAGUCCAGAUUAUACCAAGAAAGGGCACGGUCUGAUCAGCUGAUCUAUACGAUCAGCACAGACGAUCGGCUGAUUAUUCCCAGUGAGGAGGUGGGAACACUCAAAGAGCUCAAUAUUUCUGCUGCCACUCUCCAUCGGGACCAGUUUACCCACCAAGCAGCAGUUCUGCAGUCCCAUGAAGUACAGGAGAAAGUUUCUUUGGCUCCAGCCCACCCACCAGAGGUCUCAGCUGUUUCUACAAAGCAGCUUCAAGCAGCAAUGAUUUUGUCCUCAGUUCAGGAGAAACAAAAGAUCACAGAGCAGCACUCUGAGAGAAUCCUCAGCCCUGAGAUAGUUGAGCUUCAGUUGUCCAAAGAACAACCAUCUAAGCUCAUGUCAGCCACAUCUGAGGAGGUCGUACCACUCACCACAGUCAGUGCCAAACCUUUGACAUACCAGACUGCAGAGCUCAUAGAGACCACUACAGAGCCCAGGCAGCUCGUUAGCAGUCAUCAAGUAGAAUCGGCUUUGCCCAUUCUUAACGAACCUUCAGGUGCCAUACACAAACAAGAGGAGGAAAAGAGUUUCAGAGUCAAAGAGGGGGUCAAGAUUUUGUACUCGGCUCAAUCUGCAGAGCAACUACUGCUCUUAGAAACACACACUGAGCCUCUGCCAGCUUUGGACAAAGCUCAUACACCUUUAAUUGAAAAAGAACAACCUAAGCCAAUGCUAACACCUGUAAGUGAAACUAGAGUGGCUUUAUCUAAAGAGCAGCCAUUUGAAAUGCAAAGGCCAAAGGAGCAAACAAUCAGACCAGUCAAAGAGGAGGUGUGCAAAUCAGCAACAACCUGUGAAAAGAAAUACCAGGUUCAGGCCGAACAAACCGGACAGGUGGCACCUCUAGAUUCUUCAGUGAGUCUUCAGCCCCUGUGUGAACAAAAACAAGUCCUAAAUCUGCAGGCUAUCAGUGACCAGAGUGUGUUAGAGUCUGAGGGAAGGCUCAGCAGUGAAAAGCCUGUCACAGAGAAAGCAGAAGUGAGGAGUAUGCUGCCGACUUUGUUACAUUCAGUGACCCAAGAUGGGCAGCGGUCAGUGGUAUGUGAGGCAACUUCAGAGUUCUCAGCAAAGGUUGACUGUACCUCCAUUCAGCCAAAGAAAGAGCAACCACCCACAAAACACCUACAGUCUGUCGAUUCUUUAUCGGUUUUGCUAAAGGAAGAUACACUUACCUUAACAAAACCUGAUCAACAGAUGGCAGUAAUAAAACAGGAAAGGUCCAGAAGCCAUGCAGCCACCUCAGAGAUGAGAAGAAAAAUCACUGCAGAUUAUCACAAAAAUAUCGACCUGUCUGUAGAUGAGAUUAGGCUGCAGUUUCAAACAGAAUCCAGGACUCCAAGCAUUCUCGGUGUGUCCACCCAGCCUCUACAGCUACCAAAAGAGACGGCUUUCACUUCCUAUUAUAAGCCGCAGCAAGCAUUAGUGCAGCGAGAAUGCUACUGGAAUAUCAUGCAAUCCUUAAAUGUCACAGACACUCGUGCUCUAGAGGAGGGUCACACCACUAGUCUUGUUGUUGAGGAUAAAUUCAAGCCUAUAAUCAGAACUGAACCCAAGAUCCUUAAGAAGCAUGUUUCUAUAGAAGAAAAGGCAGUAGCAACUGAAAGCUGCACCCUCCUAGAAGCUGCUGAGCAGGACUUUGCAGUUCAGAUCCAAGAGGGUCAGUCAGUCCGACAGUCAGUGCUGCUAGAAGAAAAACAGAUAAUUGUGGAAGAGCAAUCAAGAGAGAUUCAUGAAUCCAAGGAUUCGACUGUUAGUGUUAAGACCCAGCCUAAAGAGUUUGUUUAUGCCCACGAGUCUCAGGACUGUCAUGCUCUUUCUAAGGAACUCAGUUUUGUUGUGAGCAUCCCUAAACCAAUGAGUAGGACUAUACAGCGCCAGCUCCAAGAUGCUCUUCAGUCUGCAGUGGCAGUUGAUCAGCCCGUGUUGCUGGCUGAAGUCGUAGCUAGGUUAGAGGUAGUGGAGGUACAGGAAGUAAAUAUUCAGAGAGAGUCCAGGAGGCCCACAUUCACAUACCUGAUCACUUCACCUGGUGUCCCACUGGAGAUUACACUGUCAUUUGAUGGGGAAUAUCCUCAGACUGCUGAUCUCAGGUCUGAACUGCAGGUAGCUCUGCAAGCUAUGGUUUUCCAGGAGCAGCAAAGUCUUCCAUCAGAACAGCUGGGUAUUAUGCAGACUGAAAGGCCUCAGAAAGUUCAGGUCAGCUCAGCACCCUCCAAAAAGAUGCUGUUAUCUGUGGUGGACUCUGUGACGGUGGCAGAGACUGUAGCUGGAUUUCCUGCAGAAGUAUCCCAGUCUGCAGCAGUCAGAACUGAAGCCAGUGCUUCCUUCCAUAGGGCAACAGAUCAGAGUCAAACUGAACCUCAUGAAUCUGUGCUUGUGAGUCGGACAAAGGUCAGGUCAGAGAUAGAUGUUGCUGCAGCUGAAGUAACCACAACGACUGCAGACCAGGUUCCUGUAGAACAACUGGUGAGUGGGUUUGUCCACAGAGAGACCAUACAAGAGUACAUUUCAGAGGCCAUCCUGAUAAGCGAGUCCUCCGACAGCUUGAUUGAUUUUCCUGUUGUCGCCGAGUCGCUGCAAGACGUUUGUGCUGAAGAAAACAGUGAAGCUGUUUUUACCACCACUAUUAAGCAUGUCACCAAGAUAAACUGGUUUUUCAAUGGUCAGCUGGUGAAGUCUGGCAAAGAGUUCAAGUGUUCCACAGAUCACGACACAUACUCACUGAUUAUCAACAAAGUUGUCAAGGAGAGGCAUCAAGGAGAGUAUGUUUGUGAGGCUGAGAAUGAAGCCGGCAGGACAACAACAUCUUCAAGACUCACUGUGGUCGCAAGAGUGAAACCUGUGUUCAAACACAGAAUUACUCCUUUGGAGAUCAAUGUUGGCAACCAAGCCAGGUUUGAAUGUGACACUGAGGACGCUCCUAACGUCAGCUUCAAGUGGUUUAAAGAUGGACACCCCAUCAAAGAAGGGGAUAAAUACAGGAUAAUCAGUCGCUUCACUGCUUCCUCUCUGGAGGUCCUAAGCCCAGUCAAAGAUGACAGUGGUGAAUAUACCUGCAAGGCGUCCAAUCAGCAUGGCAGUGAUGAAUGCUCCGCCUCUCUGAAUGUCACGGAGAAAUUCCCUCCAGCUUUUCUAAGUAAACCUGACACACAGACUGUGUAUGUUGGAAAGAGGGCACUGAUACAAUGUGCAAUAGCAGGCUCUGCUCCUCUGAAUGUUGUGUGGCUCAAAGACCACCAGGUUUUGCCCUCAGUGCCUGCACACUACCAAACUUCUUGUGAAAAAAAUAAGCACUCUCUUGAAAUACUCCAGCUUGAGGCAGCAGACCAGGGGCUGUAUGUGUGCAGAGCAUCUAAUGAUGUUGGGACGGCUGAAUGCAGCAUGGAGCUGCAAGUUAUUGAUAAGCCCAACUUUGUAAAGCCCCUGGGUCCAGUUGCUGCUGUGGUUGGAGCUCCUCUGCACCUGGACUGUCAGGUGAAUGAAGACACUGGAGUAACUGUCACCUGGACCCGAGAUGGUAGAAAAGUCCACCAGUCUCCAGAUUGUAAACUGUCUUUUGAGAACAAGACAGUAAAUCUUGAUAUCCUAAAAACCACACUGAAAGAUUGUGGAAAUUAUGUGUGUAUGGUGACAAAUGAGGCUGGAAGUGCCUCUUGCUCCACUGCAGUGAAGGUCCAAGAACCACCAGUCUUUGUAAAGAGGCUGGAAGCAACAACAGUUUGGAAGCAGGGCAGCACAGCGAGGCUGCAAUGCACCGUAAAAGGAUCGCCUGAGCUUCACUCAACCUGGUUUUUCAAUAACAGUGAGCUGCCUGCUGGUGGCAGAGUUGCAGCCAGUUUUAAGGAUGGUGUUGCCACCCUUGAGAUAAGUGAUGUCAUGUUGAGUGACUGCGGAAACUACAAUUGUGAGGUGCUCAAUGAGUCUGGCUGUGAGAGUUGCAGCACUAAAGUAAUUGUAAAAGAACCUCCAUGUUUUAAAAAGGAUGUACCCUCCAUAGAGGCAGUGAGGGGAUCAGUGGCUGUGUUGGAGUAUGAGAUUGCAGGGUCGGCACCGUUUGAUGUGACUUGGAAAAUGAAUAAGAAACGCCUGUCUACAGAUAAAAAGUACAGAAUAGUGUCACAGGGAUCGUUGACCUCUCUGGAGAUCCACAGGUUUGAGAGUGCUGACUCUGGUGAAUACGAGUGUGUCGUUUCAAAUGAGGUUGGGUCGGUGAUCUCAAAGUCAUCAGUUAAACAGAAAGAGCCGCCCAUCUUCUCAAAAAGGGUUGAAAGUGCUACAGCAGUUUUGGGGACUGCAGUGAAACUUCAGGGAGUCCUGAAAGGUUCAGCUCCAAUCUCUGUCAAGUGGAUGAAGGACUCUGAGCUGCUAAGAGAUGAUGAUCCAACAGUCAAUAUGUCGUUUGAGAAUAAUGUUGCGAGUAUUUCCUUCUCUUGUCCGGAGAUAAAACAUGGUGGUAAAUACACCUGUCUUGCUGUAAAUGAGGCCGGACAGCAGAAAUGUGAGGCUGUUCUCACCAUUCAAGAACCAGCUAAGAUCAUAGAGAAAGCAGCAUCCAUCAGUGUCACGGCUGGUGCCAUGGCCUCAUUGGAGUGCACCAUUUCUGGAAGCCCUGACCUCAAAGUGAAAUGGUUCAAAGAUGGCAAGGAGAUGAUCAGUGGGCGUAAAUAUAAAAUGGCAGUGAAGGAGAACACUGCUGUUCUAAAGAUUCUCUCAGCAGAAAGAGGAGACACUUCAGAGUACAAGAUGGAGGUGUCCAAUAAAGUCGGAAAAGAUGAGUGCACAUGCUCAGUGACCGUUAUAGAUCGGGCAGUUCCACCGUCCUUCACUAAAACUCUAAAGAAAAUAGAUGGGAGUGUUGGUAGUAAUGCCACCUUGGAGUGCAGGGUUGCUGGAUCUCAUCCAAUGGUUGUUUCUUGGUUCAAAGACAAUAAAGAAAUCCACAGUGAUGAUAAAUAUCAACUGGAUUUCAGUGAAAGUGCAGCCUCUGUGACAAUAACAGGCCUUGAUCAAGGUGAUGGAGGAGUUUAUACCUGCCGAGCUUCUAAUGAGGCUGGACAAAACGAGACCAGCGGAACCUUGACGGUCAAAGAACGUCCAGAAUUUACACUGAAACCAGAGUCCCAGAGUGUUUCACCAGGAUCUAAUGUUGUGAUGAUGGCAACCUUUACUGGAUCCCUUCCACUGGUUGUCAAAUGGUUUAGAGAGGAGAAAGAGAUUUUCACUGGAGGGAAGUGUUUCAUUAAAAAAGAUGUCUCUUCAAGCUCUUUGGAGCUUCAUGCAGUGAAACCCAGUGACUCUGCUAAAUAUACCUGCCAAGUAUCCAAUGAUGCUGGGAAGGUGGACUGCACCACCGUCCUCUUCGUGAAAGAAGCGCCCACAUUUACAAUGAAGUUUGAGCCUUCAAGACUGCUGAAAGCUGGGCAGCCUCUAAAGCUGUCUUGCAAAGUUCAGGGAACUCCUGUCAUUUCUGUCACGUGGUCUAAAGAUGGAUCAGAAAUCACUGCUGACCACCGAUACAGCAUGUCUUUUGAUGGCUCAGUAGCCUGUCUGGAGGUAGAAACCUCCUGUGUAGAGGAUAAUGGAGAGUUUGUGUGUUUGGCAUCAAGUGAGGCUGGCAGAGACCAGUGCAGCUGCUCAGUAACCGUGAAAGAGCCUCCAGUGAUUGUGAGGCCUUUUGAAUCAACUGAGCUCGUGACAGGAUCAGACAUUAUUCUGGAAGGAACCAUUUCAGGUUCUCCUCCUUUUGAAAUAAGUUGUUUCCUCAAUGAGAAACUGAUCCGAAGUGACAAAAAACAUCAAGUCAAUGUGGUUAAAGACAAAGUCACUCUUCAGGUAUCAGACUGUGACACCAGGGAUGCUGGAACAUAUCACUGCAUUGUUGCAAAUGAUGUCGGAGAGGCAUCUUGUUCUUGCCAGAUUUCUUUGAAAGAACCACCAUCAUUUGUCCAAAGACUGCAGGACAUGUCCUGUAUAGUGAGCUCUGAAAUCUAUAUGAAGUGCUUAUUGUCUGGAUCACUCCCUAUGACUGUCCGUUGGACCAAGGAUAAUCAUGAGCUCACUGAGGAUGAGCAUGUUAAGAUGUCCUAUGAAACGGGCAAUGCUGAGCUGACUUUGACAAAUGUUCAAUUAUCUCAUGCUGGGAAAUAUAUUUGUGAGGCUCAGAACAGAGCUGGGACUCAGAGAUGUGCCGCCGUUCUCAUGGUCACAGAACGAAAAGUUCCUCCAAACUUCACCAAGAGACCUCCUGAGACCAUGGUGGAUUCAACUGGUAAGGUCGUACAGAUGGAGGGUCGGGUGUCCGGCUCUCAGCCACUGACCAUCACCUGGUAUAAAGACAAUAAGGAGAUCUCUGCCUCUGACAAAUAUGACAUCAGUUUGAAGAACAACAUGGCCAUUCUGUGUGUCAGAGACUCCAUCGUUCCAGACAGUGGUCUGUACACCUGCGAGGUUUCCAAUGAAGCAGGCAAAGCUUCAUGUCAGGUCUCUCUCACACUUUCAGAAACUGCCCAGGCUCCCAAAUUUGAUGUUCCUCUGGAACCGGUGACGGUAAAUGAGGGAGACAAGCUCAGCCUCAAAUGUCACGUGAAAGGAUCCUCACCUCUUACCAUACAGUGGAUGAAGGACAGGAAGGAGCUGAAGUCCAGUGACAACACCAAAGUCACAUUUGUUGGUGGUACAGCCUCCCUGGAGAUCAGAUCUGUGUCAACAACUGAUGCAGGAGAUUACCUGUGCAAAGCCAGCAACACUACCGGCAGUGACUUCUGCAAAUCCAAAGUCACUGUAAAAGACACAGGAGUACAGACAGCCCCCACAGGACCUGCUGCCCCAGCUGCAGCUGCCCCAGCCAAAAGACUCGACAAUCUGUUCUUCAUCGAGGAACCCCAAAAUGUUACCGUCACAGAGAAGGGCACCGCCACCUUCAUCGCCAAGAUUGGAGGAGAUCCAAUCCCCAGUGUGAAGUGGAUGAAGGGCAAAUGGAGGCAGAUCACCCCUGGUGGUCGUAUCUCCAUUGAGCACAAAGGACAGGAUGCCAAAAUGGAGAUCAGAGAGGUGACCAAGUCUGACUCUGGUCUCUACAGAUGUGUGGCCUCAAACAAACAUGGAGAGAUUGAAUGUGGUGCUGAAAUUGAAGUUUCCAAAAAGGAAGAAGUGGAAGGAUUUGGAGACAUAAGAACAAGACUCAAGAAGACUCCUUCCAAACAAAAAAGUCCCAAGAAACUUGAAGAGAUCAGUAUUGUAGAUCUACUCAGAGGCCAUGACCCUAAAGACUAUGAAAGGAUUCUACGGGAACAUGGAAUCACUGACUUCAGAGCAAUCCUACAGGCUGUGGAGUUCCUAAAGAAGGAGAAGGAGAUGGAAACUGGAAAAGUGGGGGUCGAGCACGGUGGUCGGGUUGAAGAAGAAGACAUGGCCAAGCUAAUUGAACAGUUAGAGGGACGCGUUGCAGCCGAGCCUGUUUCUGUGAUCGAGGACAUCAGUGACCAGAUCAGUGCAGAGAACCAGACCGCCACGUUCGAGUGUCAGAUCAGAAUCAAUUACCCAGAGAUCACUCUGACUUGGUACAAGGGCACACAGAAACUGGACAAUAGCGCCAAGUAUGACAUCAGCAGCAUGGGUGACCGCCAUUAUCUGAAGGUCAAGAACUGCCAGGUGAAAGAUCAGGGCAACUACCGCGUGGUCUGUGGUUCUCACAUCUCCAACGCCAAACUCACUGUCACUGAAGAGAAAAAAGUGGUUGAAGAAUUCAUUGAGAGGACUCAGGUUGGAGUCAGAGAGGAGAUCCCAGCAGUUCCUGGAGUUGAUGAAGGUGUAGAGGAGAGAGUCUCUGAGCGUGAAGCUCUGCUUCCACCUGGACUCUCAGAAUCUGAUGGAAGGAAAGCUCAGCCUGAGGUUUCUGACCUGAUGCCAACAGAGGCAGAAGAACCUGCAGUUCCUGAAGUAUACACCAAACCAGAACCUCAGAAGGUUCCCAGAAAGGUCUCUCCUGAACCUCCUCAACCCAAACCGACAGUAAUAACGGUACCUCCAGAACCCAAAGAGCCACCUCAGAAACCGGCGGUGCCCACACCCAAAGUGUCCCAGGCACCAGAAGCUGAACCUUUGAAGAAAACACCCGAGCUUCCAGAACUGAGAGUUCCAGCUGUAGCCAAACCAGUGGACACCACAGUCCAUCCAGUCGGAGUGAGGAUUACUCCUCAAAAGACUGAGGAGAUCUUAACCAAAGCACCAGAACUGCCAAAACCAGAAGAACCUUCAGUUCACACGUCUGCAGCUAUGGUUACUCCAUCAGCCCCAAAACGUGGACCAGCAGAAGUUCAAGAGGCACCCAGACCAGAGAAACCUGUAUCUACUAAGGUUCCUCCCAAGACUGAAGCAUCUUCUGGCAAAGAAGCAAAGGUGCCUGAACUCUCUGGAAAACCGGACUUCGCCCUGGUUGGUAAACAGGAGCCAGAAGUUCUAAAGGUUGCUUCUAAAACAGAAUCAGAUGAACUGAAGCUUCAAGAAAGAACACAGAAAGUUCCAAGACCACUAAAGAUAGUUACUGAAGAACUCAAGAAAGUUCCAGAAACUCCUAAGUUGGUGCCAGAAACACCCGAGAUGGUUCCAGAAACGCUAAAGAAAGUUCCAAAGCCACCAAAGAAACUUACUGAAGAAUCCAAGAAAGAACCACCAAUGAAGGUUGAAGAACCACCAAAGAGGGUUCCAGAAACACCUAAAAAAGUUACUGAAACACUAAAGGUGGUUCCAGAAGAACCCAAGAAAGCUCCGGAGAAGCCAAAAGUGGUUCAAGAAGCAUCAAAGAAGAGUACUGAAGAAUCCGAGAAAUUUACUGAAACACCGAAGAUGAUUCCAGACGCACCAAAAGCGGUUCUUAAAACGCCUACGAAAGUUGCAGAACCACCUAAAAAAGUUACUGAAACACCAAAGGUGGUUCCAGAAGAACCCAAGAAAGUUCCAGAGACACCAAAAGUGGUUCCAGAAGCACCAAUGAAAAUUACAGAAACGCCAAAGAAAGUUCCAGAAGCACCAAAGAAAAUUACUGAAACACCAAAGAAAGUUCCAGAAGCACCAAAGGAGGUUCCAGAAACAUUAGAAGAGCCCAAAAAUCUUUUAGUUGGACUCAAAAUGGUUACAGAACAAAGAGCAGAACCCGAUACUCCAAGGUUUGUUAGAGAAAAACUGGAGCCAAGUGUCAGAGUACCUCCACAGAAUUUGGAACAACUUCUUCAACAACAAGUCUUGGGUGAAAUCUUCCAACAUGUCCCGGUUCCUUCGGAGACCGAUGUGAGCCAAAGAACAACCACGGCUGAAGAUGUCAGGGAGUGUUCUCUUAAAGAAAGUUUCUCUCCAGCAGAUGUUAGAUUAAAGCAGCGGGAAGUUCAGAGAUUUGACGAAGUGAGAGUCAGCAGCUCAGCUGUCGAAGAACGUUCUUUAAAGAGCCUGAUGGAAAAAAGAGAAGCCAAAAUUUCUAGGUGGGGCAGUGAAGAUCAUCCAGUGACUCAGUCUGAGUUCACGAAGCCGAUCCGAUCAGAAAUGGACUCUGAAGUUAAACCUUUUGUACCAGGUUUAAGUUUUUCAGAGUUACUUCCAGACAAGGGGUUAGGACAAACUGACUAUAUGCGUGACGGUUGUGUUCCUCCACCUCUAAAAGAAGCUGAUCUUCCAUCUAAUCAAGUCAGACCUCCCACUGCAAAGGCCCCAUCAAAGAAAGAAGCUUUUCUUCUUCAGGGUGAAAUCCCAUCCAAUCAAGAAGGCGACAAGAAAACUCAGCAAAGGAAACAACAAGAAGCUUCUAAAGAGCAGAGGCAACUGACUGGAUCCUCUGUUCAUCGUCAAGAAAACCAAGAAGAAACUGUUUGGAAACAGAAAGCUUCUGUUGAAGUGGAAGAAGUUUCAACGCAAAAAUCUAAGCCUACUUUUCAUCUGCCAACUGAAAAAUUUCCUUCCUGUCGUGUUCCUGUACCCAAGGAAGAAGAACCCUCACUAGCAACAGAGACUAAUUUACCAACAAAUGAGACGUCUUUAGCUCUUCCCAGAGAAGUUUCAGCCUUUAGACAAAACUUACCCACAGAAGAAGUGACCUCACCCAAGAAACCACAUCCCAAAGGCAAGUCUGGAGCUGUACCUCUGAUGACACUUCAACCUCCUGACCGUCUUUCACCUCCUGCACAAAAUGACAUCUGCUUUCUUCAAACAACCUCCUCUGAAGGAGCUAGAACUGAAACAAAACCUGAAACUGAAGAGAAGACAGCUCAAGCUGCAGAGUCUCAACCAGAAGCGAAGGAACCAAUAUUGGUAGAAAAGCCUUCACCUCCUUCUCCUCCCACUCCUGCACAGAAGGCUCCUCCUCCUGCAGUGUCACCUCCAGAGAAAACAAAACCAUCAGGACCAGUGCUAACGCCUCCUCCUCCCACUCCUGCAGAGGACGUUUCUCCACCUGCAGCAGAGAAGAAACCUUCAGUCCCAGCACCAAAACCCUCAGCUCCUGCAGCUCCUGCAGUCAAAGCUGCUCCUCCUGCAGAGGAGGCAAAACCAUCGGUCCCAUCGCCAAAACCCGCAGCUCCUGCAGCUCCUGCAGCUCCUGCAGUCAAAGCUGUUCCUCCUGCAGUGCCUCCUGCAGAAGAAAGGAAACCAUCUCCACCAACAGCAAAGCCUCCAGUAGAGGAAGUUGUUCCUGCCAAAGCUCCAGUUGCAGCAGUCGAGAAGGAGCCCUCUGAAGCACCUGGAAAGGCAGAACCUCCCGCCGUCUCCGAGACAAUCACUCCACCUGAAGACAAGGGACCAGUUUCAGCUCCUGGGCCAACUAAAGUUCCAUCUCUUAAGAAAAAGGGUAAAAUUCCAGUUCAGGAGGAAAAACCAUCAGAGUCCCCUAAACUAAAGGGUAAAUUCACCCGAAUACCUAAAGAGAAAGAGCCAGAACCCGAGUUGGUCAAGUUGAAGAAGGUUCCAGUGAAACCUCCAGAACCUGAGAAACAAGUGGUGACACAUAAAGCAGAAGUAACGCGACAUCAAGACCUAGAACUAUCAGUUUGUGGAUUGCAUGACAGAGAAGACCGAGAGAUCGUGACUCUGGGAAGAACUGAACAAAAAUUCACGGCGGAAGAAAAAACUGUUAAGUUAGGUCACCUCGGGGAGAUGGAAAUAGUUCAAGUUGUACAAGAAACAGAGAGCAAAGGGUGGACGAGAGCCGGAAAACCACUAACUGAAGAUGAUUCUGAAGUUCCCGGUGUCAUUAAGAAGAAAAUAACCAAACUGCCAAAAGCAGAUGAGCAAAAAGAGGAUGUCAAACUAAAACCGUUUGAAAAACCAGAGAAACCAGAACCAGAGUCACAAAAGAUCAAACUGAAACCAGUUCCGUCUAAGCCCAAAGUCGAUGAAAAGGAAAUCAUAACUUACACAGCUGAGGUGACAAAAUAUCACAACGCUGAACUGACAGCUCAGAAGCUUCAAGACGAUGACCGGGACACAGAGAUAAUCAGAAAACCCGACAGAGUCUUUACUGCUGAACAGGCUGCACCUGAACUCAGCCACAUGGAUGAACCAAAACCUCAAGAACCAGAACAAGACAAAUCAAAAUGGAUCAAAACCAUUAAAGAACAAAAAGAUAAAGAACCAGAGCCAGAUUUAUCUGAGAAGAAAAUAAAGAAAUUACCAAAGAAGGAUGAAGAACAAGAAGUGGUGACACUGAAACCUUUCAAAAAACCUCAGAAACAAGAAGCGGCUGAAAGAAAGGCUAAAGACGAGGUUCAGGCAAAGCCAGAGAUGGAGCAUCGCCCUUUCCAGCGGGGUGAGAGGCUGCACAGAGACCAACCUACCAUCGCUGUAAAAAGCAAAGAGGAUGCAGAUGUGGCCCUGACAAGUCCUGGGACAACUCCAGAUGUCAGCAAAGCUCAAAGGGAAACAGCCCAACUGGAUAAGACUGCUCAAAUUCCCAAAGCUCCUUCAGCUGAAAAGCUAAAUGGAGAACCUAAAGUCACCAAGCAAGAGAAGAUAAAGUCUCCUGUGGACACAAACCUACCUAAAAGAGAGGAAAUAACCAAAGAUGUGAAGAAGAAAGAGCUUCAGAAAGUUGAAAAGACACCUUCACCCAGAGUCAGUCAAGAAAAGGCAGAACACCAAAAGCCCACCGAACAGCUGAAGGUUGAGCUAAAAAGUACCCCAUCACCAAAAGAUGACAAGGCAAAGGUUCUGGAGAGUGUCAGGAAACCAAUUCCUGAGGAUGUAAAAGAGACUCCCAAAGCGAUUCCACCUCAAGAUGCCACUGAAGCCAUUGCGCUCCAAAAGGUUCCCAGGAAACCUUCAGCCCCCAAGGUCUGUGAACAUGUAAAGGAUGAUCCAGGCCGGAUACCACUAGGGAAGGAGGUCUCCCCUGGUGCUGUGCAGAUGAAGAGGGUGACGACUCAACCUGAGGAGGAGGUGUUUGAAGAGGAAGGGGAGAAAAAGGAGGAAGAGCAUGAGGAGGAGGCCUGGGGCUGGGAACUGGUCCCCCAGGAGGACUGGGAAUGUCAAGAAUUGAUGGGGGCGCUGGAAACUCCGGGUAUGCCUGGUGCCAGACGAGAUGGAAAACCAGCAGAGGAGGCAGCAAAGGGCAGAGGCAGAGGAUUUGGGGCGAGACAGACUCCAUCUCCAGGUGAUGGUGGCAGGGGGCGGGGCCUGAGGCCAGGUGGUAAAGGUCCAUCACCACCAGAGGAGCCGUUUGGAGGUUUCAAACUCAAAGCUGUGCCGCUGAAGUUUACUAAGAAGAUUCAAGACAUUGUGCUUCAGGAGGCCGAGUCCAUCGGAUCCUCUGCUGUGUUCGAGUGUGAGGUCUCUCCCUCCACUGCCGUCACUUCCUGGAUGAAAGAUGGCAGUAAUCUACGGGAAGAUCCGAAGCACAAGUUCACUUCUGAUGGCAAAGAUCGUAAGCUGCAGAUCAUUGAUGUCCAGUUGUCUGACACCGGUGAAUACACCUGCGUGGCUAAGAACGCUGGCAAGGAGGUUACGUGCACCGCCAGGCUCAUCGUUGAAGAGCUUCCUGUGAAAUGGUUGAAGGAACUGGAACCGGAGACCACCUGCAUGAAGGGUCAGCCCAUGUACCUGACCUGUGAGCUGAACAAAGAGAGAGACGUCAUCUGGAAGAGGAAUGGAGCAGUUCUGAAGAACAAGGCGGGAAAAGUAGCCAUUAACAUCAUCGGCAUGCAGCACGCUGUGACCCUCCAGAAUGCCACUGAGGAAGACGCCGGCCUGUACACCUGUGAGGUGGACGGCCAGGAGGACAUCAAGACUUCAACCACCGUCAAAGUGAUUGAGGUCAUCAAGGACUGGCUGGUGAAGCCUCUGAGAGACCAGCAUGUGAAACCAAAGUCCAAGGCCACAUUCAAAUGUGAACUCUUCAAAGACACUCCCAACUGGAAGUGGUUCAAAGGAGAAAACGAGCUUACUCCUUCUGACAAGGUCGAGGUGAACAAAGAUGGAAAGGACGUGUCCCUCACCAUCAAGAACUGUCAACCCGAUGAUGUGUCAGACUACACCAUUGAGGUCGAGGACCGAAAAUACACGGCCAAGCUCACACUCGGAGAGCGUGAGGCCGAGGUCCUGAAACCGCUGUCAAAUGUGGAGGUGGUUGAAAAGGAGGAAGCCAACUUUGAAACAGAAAUAUCUGAGGAUGACGUGGUCGGCGAGUGGAAACUCCGAGGCCAGGUGUUGACCAGAUCUCCGACUUGUGACAUUAAAGCUGAAGGUGGAAAACGUUUCCUGACGUUGAAGAAUGUGCAGCUGGAUCAAGCUGGUGAGGUUUCAUAUCAGGCUCUGAACGCCGUCACCACCGCCAUGCUCACGGUGAAAGAGAUCGAAAUGGGCUUUGUUGAUGCACUGAAGGAUGUCUCUGUGCCUGAAAAGAAACAGGCUAAGUUUGAAUGCACCAUCACCAAGGAGGUGUCAAAGGUUAUGUGGUUCAGGGGGGUGGAAAUCAUCACACCCAGCCCGAAAUAUGAAAUAAUGGAUGCUGGAAAGAAACACAUGCUGAUUAUAAACAACUGUGAGUUUGAUGAUGAGGCUCAGUACACAAUUGAAGUGUUGGGUCAAAAAUCGAGCGCUCAGCUGAAAGUGGAAGGCAUGAGGCUCAGAUUUGUGCAGCCGCUUCAGGACCAAACAAUCAAAGAAGGUAACAUGGUACGCUUUGAUAUCGAGUUGACUCAUGAAAACGUGCCGGUGGUUUGGUACCGAAACGAAGUCAAACUCCACGUGAGCCGAACGGUGCUCAUGCACGUGGAAGGAAAGAAGCACACUCUAGAAAUGAGGACGUUGAGUCUAGACGAUACAUGUCAAAUAAAGGCAGAGGCUAAAGGAGUUUACUCAACGGCCAAACUGACAGUCAUAGAGGGAGACGCCAUCUUCAUUGUGAAGCUGCAAGAUUACACCGCCACUGAAAAAGACGAAGUGACGCUGGACUGCGAGCUGAGCAAAGACGUCCCCGUGGUUUGGUAUCACGAGGAGAAGGAAAUCAUCGCCUCUAAGACGGUUGUCAUGAAGUCAGACGGCACGCGGAGGUCUCUGGUUCUAAAGAAAGUGGGGCAAAGUGAUCAAGGCAAAUACGUAUGUGACUGUGGCACGGACAAAACCUCGGCCAGCAUCAACAUUGAAGCACGUGAUGUGAAGGUUGUGAGGCCGAUUUACGGCGUGGAGCUAUUUGAUGGAGAGACGGCUCGUUUCGAGGUAGAGAUCUCUGAGGACGACGUGCACGGCCAGUGGAAGCUGAACGGAGAAGUCCUCAGUCCUUCGUCUGAUGUGGACAUCAUCGAGGAGGGAGGCAAACACACGCUGAUCCUGUACAACUGCAGAGUCACCAUGACCGGAGAGGUGGCAUACUCUGCUGCCAACGCCAAGUGUUCUGCCAACCUGAAGGUCAAAGAGCUUCCUCUGAACUUCCUCACUCCGCUGAGCAACGUCCAGGUGUACGAGAAGGACGAGGCCAGGUUCGAGGUGGAGGUGUCCAGAACUCCCAACAGUUUCCGCUGGCUGAAAGGCUCCCAGGAGCUGACGAACGACGACAAGUACCAGAUGACGCAGGAGGGGAAAAUGUAUGUUCUGGUGAUCCGAUCAGCUGCCUACGAUGACGAGGCCAAGUACAUGUUCGAGGCUGAGGACAAGAGGACAACCGCAAAACUCAUCAUUCAAGGAAUUCGCCUGGAGUUUGUCAAACCCAUUAAGGAUGUGACGGUGAAAGAGCGGGAAACAGCCGAGUUCAGUGUGGAGCUGUCUCAUGACAUCCCUGUGGCCUGGUACAAAAACGAUGUCCGUCUUCAUCCCAGCAAAGUGGUUCACAUGUCGGAUCACGGCCAAGUCCACACCCUGGCCUUCAAAGAAGUCACCAUUGAUGACACGUCCAUGAUCCGAGUGGAGGCCAUGGACAAGAACAUGACAGCCAUGCUCACUGUCAUCGAGGGUGACCUGUACUUCACCACCAAGCUGCAGAACUACACAGCUGUGGAGAAGGAUCAGGUGAGUCUGGUCUGUGAGCUCAGCAAGGCCGUGGCUGACGUGAAAUGGUUCAAGGACGGGAAGGAGAUCACUCCAUCCAAGAACAUCGCUAUCAGCACUGAUGGAAAGAAGCGAAUCCUGACAGUCCGAAAGGCCGAGAAGGCCAACAUCGGCGCCUACACCUGCGACUGCGGCUCAGACAAAACCACCGCAAACCUCAACAUCGAAGAGCGGGACAUCAAAGUGGUUCGCCCUCUGUACAGCGUGGAGGUGACAGAGACAGAGACAGCCAAGUUCGAGACAGAGAUCUCUGAGGAGGACGUCCACGGAAACUGGAAACUGAAGGGAGAAGCUCUGCACCAGUCGGCGGAUGUUGAGAUUAAGGAGGAAGGAACUAAACACUUCUUGAUCCUCUACAAUGUUCGUAUGGCCAUGGCUGGAUCCGUGGACUUCUCAGCAGCCAACGCCAAAUCCAACGCUCAGCUCAGGGUUAAAGCCCGCUCCAUCACAAUGACGCAGCCCCUGAAGGACGUGACGGUGACGGCUGGAGAGACGGCAACCUUCGAGUGUGAGCUGUCGUACGAAGGCAUCACCGUGGAGUGGUUCCUGGGAGGACAAAAGAUGGAGGCCAGUGACCGGGUGAAGACUCGAGUGGCAGGUAGAAUACAUACUCUCACCAUCCGAGAUGUGAAGCUGACGGAGGCCGGGGAGGUCAAACUGACCGCCAAAGACUUCCAGACAGCAGCUCAGCUCAACGUCAGAGAACCACCGGUGGAGUUCACAAAGCCUCUGCAGGACCAGACCGUGGAGGAGGAAGCCACCGCCACACUCGAGUGUGAGGUUUCCAGAGAGAACGCGGAGGUUCGCUGGUUGAGAGAAGGACAGGAAAUCAGAAAGACCAAGAAGUACGACAUGAUUGUUGACGGGCGCAAGAGGGCACUCAUCAUCCAUGACUGCUCCCCAGAUGAUGCCAAAAUGUACACGUGUGACGCCAAGGAGUUCAAGACUUCAUGCUUCCUGGAAGUCACACCUCCAUAUGUAGAGUUUACAAAGCCUCUGCAGGAUGUGGAGGUCAAAGAGAAGGAAUCUGCCAGGUUUGAAUGUGAAGUGUCCCGGGAAUCUGCCAAGGUUCGUUGGUUCAAGGAUGGCAGUGAGAUCAGGAAAGGAAAGAAAUACGAGAUCAUUGCUAAAGGAGUGCAGAGAAUCCUCAUCAUCCACAAGUCGGUGUUUGAUGAUGAGGCUGAAUACGAAUGUGAUGCUAGAACCUUCAAGACAUCCGGGAUGCUCACUGUCGUCGAGGAAGCAGCUAGGUUCACCAAGAACCUGUCCAACGUGGAGGGAACAGAAACGGACAGUGUGAAGAUGGUUUGUGAGGUCUCAAAGGCUAACGCUGAGGUCACCUGGUAUCGAGGAGAUGAGGAGCUGCCAGAGGGCGGCCGCUAUGAUCAGAUCAUGGAUGGACGUAAAAGAAUCCUGGUCAUCAAGGACCUAAGGAUGGAAGAUGCUGGGGAAUACAACUGCAGGCUGAGUCCCACAGUCCGGACGUCUGCCACACUUAAAAUCAAUGAACUGGCAGCUGAAUUCAUCUCCCGUCCUCAGAACCAGGAGGUGGUGGAGGGGGAGAAGGUCGAGUUUGCCUGCUCUGUCUCCAAAGACACUUAUGAGGUUAAAUGGUUCAGAGGAGAUAGAGAGAUUGAAGAUGGGGAUAAAUAUACCAUCAUCAGUGAAGGAAAGAGAAGGGCUCUUAUUGUGAAAAACUGUGAACUGAAGGAUGAGGGUGGCUACGUGGCCCACAUCGGCAGUGUUAAGGCCUCGGCUGAUCUCUGUGUGAUAGAAAAACUGAGGAUCAUCACUCCGAUUAAAGACACAGUGGUGAAGGAAGGAGGUGAGAUUGUGUUCAACUGUGAGACCAACACAGAGGGAGCAAAGGCCAAGUGGCUGAAGAACGAGGAGACCAUCUUUGAAACCAGCAAGUACAUGAUGGCUCAGAGAGAUAACGUCUUCUCUCUGAGGAUCAAAGAUGCUCAGAAGGCAGAUGAGGACACCUACACCAUCUCUCUGACCAAUCAAAGAGGAGAACAUGCCAAGUGCUCUGCCAGUGCUAAAGUCACAGCGGAAAAGCUGAAGUUUCUGGAGCCUAUUGAAGACAUUGAGACUCAGGAGAAAAAGACCAUCAGCUUUGUUUGUAAAGUGAACCGACCAGAGGUUACUGUACAAUGGAUGAAGGCCGGUCAGGAAAUUACUCUCAGCAAACGCGUAGUGUAUAGAGCUGAUGGCCUCAAACACACCCUGACCAUCAAGGACUGCGUCAUGGAUGAUGAGGGCGAGUACACAGCUGUGGUUGGAGAUGACAAGUGUGCUGCCGAGCUGAUCAUCAGUGAGGCGCCGACAGACUUCAUGGCACAGCUCAAAGACCAGACCAUCACUGAGUUUGAGGAUGCAGAGUUCACCUGUAAGCUGAGCAAGGAGAAGGCUGCUGUCAAGUGGUAUAGGAACGGACGAGAGAUCAGAGAAGGACCCAGAUAUCACAUGGAAAAGGAAGGGAAGGCCUGCAGUCUAAUCAUCAAGGUGUGCAGACCAGAUGAUGAGUGUGAAUAUGCCUGUGGCGUGGACGAAAGGAGGACCAGAGCCAGGCUCUUUGUUGAAGAGACACCAGUGGAGAUCGUCCGACCACCGCAGGACAUGUUUGAGCCUCCGGGCUCUGAUGUUGUGUUCGAGGUGGAGCUGAACAAGGACCGGGUGGAGGUGAAGUGGAUGAGGAACAACAUGAUUAUUGUCCAGGGAGACAAGUACCAGAUGAUCAGUGAGGGCAAAGUCCACAGACUACAGAUCUGUGAGAUCAGACCCAGAGACCAGGGGGAGUACCGGAUUGUAGCCAAAGACAAAGAAGCACGAGCCAAACUGGAGCUGGCAGCCACUCCAAAGAUCAAAACCACGGACCAGAAUCUGGUGACCGACGCUGGGAAACCCUUUGUCAUGACUGUGCCCUACGAUGCUUAUCCUCGGGCUGACGUCGAGUGGUUCUUUGAUGGCCAAAGUCUUCCGGUUCAGAACGUCGACACUUCAGUCGACAAGACCGAGUAUCGUCUAAAGAGCCCUAGGAAAGAGGACCAGGGCCGGUAUCGAGUAGUAAUCAAAAACAAACAUGGCAUGGGGGAGGCAUUUAUCAACCUGGACGUCAUUGAUGUCCCCGGACCCAUAAAGAACCUGAGAGUGGUUGACACUGCAGAUGGUGAAGUCAGCUUAGCCUGGGAUGAGCCUGAGAGUGAUGGUGGAAGCAAGAUUGUUGCUUACAUUGUAGAACGACGUGAUGUAAAGCGUAAGACCUGGACUUUGGCUACAGACCGUGCUGAUACUCCAGAGUACUGUGUCAGUGGACUCCAAAAAGACUCCCUGUAUCUGUUCAGAGUCUGUGCUCGGAACAGGGUUGGCAGUGGACCCACUGUUGCUACUGAAGAUGCCGUUCAGGCCAAGAACAAGUUUGAUGUUCCAGAUGCUCCAGAAAAUGUGGCAGUAGGUGGGGUGAACAGGUUUGGAGCCACAGUCACCUGGGAGCCUCCCAAGUUUGAUGGUGGCUCUGAAAUCACGGCAUAUGUGAUUGAGCUUCGCGACAGGACCUCUGUGAAGUGGGAGGCAGCCCUGGUGUGUGGAGCCAGUGACCGCUCUGCCACCCUGAACGAUGUGGUGGAGCACAAGGAGUACAUCUUCAGGGUUCGAGCCGAGAACAAGGCAGGCGUCGGCAGGCCCAGUGCUGCCACCAACCCUGUCAAGAUUAUGGAUCCUAUUGAGAGACCAAGUCCACCUCUGAACUUGAACUACAGUGACCAAAUCCAGACAGCAAUCACCCUGACCUGGGAAACACCUGCAAGCAACGGUGGGAGCAUGAUCACCGGCUACAUCAUUGAGAAAUGCGAUGAAGGUUCUGACAAGUGGCUGCGCUGCAACGCCAGGCUGUGUCCAGACCUCUUCUACCGGAUUUCUGGACUGAAGCCUGGUCAGAAGUACCUGUACAGAGUUUGUGCCGAGAACGCUGCUGGUGUUUCAGAUCCAGCUGAGCAGCUAGGACCUCUGCUCGCUGAUGACCCACAUGUUGGUCCAACUUUUGACCUGAGUGGCUUCAGAAACGGCCUGGAAGUCAUUGUCCCUCAGCCUCUCACCAUUAGAGUCCCAAUCACCGGACACCCGACUCCCACUGCUAAGUGGACUUUUGGGGAUAAAGAGCUGACCACUGCAGAUGAACGUGUCACCAUGGUGACAAAGCCCACGUACACAGAGCUGACCAUCUCACCAAGUGUCCGUCCGGACAAAGGCACAUACACCCUACAGCUGGAGAAUGACGUCUCAUCCAUCUCUGGAGAUAUCGAAGUCAACGUCAUUGCUUGUCCCAGUGCACCCAAAGACUUCAAGGUGGCUGAGGUGACCCGACACCACGUCCACCUUAUGUGGGAGCCUCCAGAGCACGAUGGAGGAAGUCCAGUCAUUCAUUAUCAGAUUGAAAAGAGAGAAGUUUCUCGAAAGACCUGGGCCAAGGUGGCAACUGGCAUUAUGGACCUGGAGCACACAGUGACAGAUGUGAUUGAGGGGAAAGAAUACCUGUUCAGUGUCAUCGCCUGCAACAAGUGUGGACCUGGAGAACCAGCAUACAUUGAUGAGCCCGUCAACGUCUCCUCCCCUGCCACUGUCCCUGAUCCUCCUGAAAACCUGAAGUGGCGUGAUAAGAGUGCAAAGAGCAUCUUCCUUUCCUGGGAACCUCCAAAGUACGACGGUGGAGCCCCAAUCAAAGGCUAUGUGGUGGACAAGUGUCAGCGAGGGACAGAUAAAUGGGAGCCCUGCGGUGACCCCAUCCCCGAACUUAAGUUUCAGGUGACCGGCCUGAUUGAGGGCCAGUGGUACGCCUACAGAGUCAGAGCUUUGAACAAGCUGGGAGACAGCCGACCCUGCAGGGCCACGGAUGAGAUCCAGGCCGUGGAUGCAAGAGAACCUCCAGAGAUCCAGUUGGACGUGAAGUUGCUGGCUGGUCUGACAGCCAGAGCUGGAACCAAGAUUGAGCUUCCUGCUGAUGUCAAAGGACAUCCUGAUCCUCGGGUAAAAUGGACCAAGGCUGACUUAGUCCUGAGAGCCGAUGACCGCAUCACCAUUGACACCCAACCAGGACACUCCAAACUUUCCAUAGACAACACCACCAGAGGAGACACUGCCACUUACAUCAUUGAGGCUGUCAACCUGUGUGGUCGUGCCACCGCAACCAUUGAUGUCAACAUCCUUGAUAAACCGGGACCUCCAGCUGCCUUUGACAUCUCAGAGAUUACCAACGAGUCCUGUGUCCUGGCCUGGAAUCCACCCAGGGAUGACGGUGGCUCCCCCAUCACCAACUACAUCGUGGAGUGCCGUCAGCUAGACAAAGAGGAGUGGGUGAAACUGUCAGCCACAGUGAAACUCACCACCUUCAAGGCAUGCAAGCUUACAGCUCUGAAAGAGUACGUGUUCAGGAUCAGUGCUGAGAACCAGUAUGGCAUCGGUGUACCAACAGAGCACACACCAAUCAUCGCCAAGUAUGCUUUUGAUCCUCCUGGUCCUCCAACCAGAGUCACUCCGUCUGACAUUGCCAAGGAUGCAGUGACCCUGACCUGGUUUGAGCCCGAUGAGGAUGGUGGCAGCCCCAUCACUGGAUACUGGAUUGAGAAGUUUGAUCCAGAGAGUGACAAGUGGAUUCGAUGCAACAAACUGCCCAUAAAAGACACAAACUUUAGAGUAAAGGGACUCCCCACCAAGAAGAAGUAUCGCUUCCGUGUUCUUGCUGAGAAUCUGGCUGGACCUGGAAAACCAAGUGUAGAGACAGACCCUGUCCUCAUCAAAGAUCCAAUUGAUCCUCCAUGGGCACCUGGUAAACCUGUUGUCAGGGAGGUUGCCAAGACCUCAGUUGUGCUAGCAUGGACACGUCCAGAGCACGAUGGUGGGGCCAAGAUCGAAGGCUACAUAAUUGAGUUCCAGAAGAGCGGAAGCGAGGAAUGGAUCCGGAUUGCAGAGGAUGUUCCUCAGACUGAACACCAGCUUCAGGGUCUGAUGGAGAAGCAGGAGUACUCAUUCAGGGUGAAAGCUGUCAAUAAGGCCGGCGAGAGUGAACCCAGCGAGCCCAGCGACCCUGUGGUCUGCAAGGAGAGGCUCUACCCUCCAUCUGCUCCUCAGUGGCUGGAAGUGACCAACAUCACCAAGGUCAAUGCUGAUCUCAAAUGGCAGGCUCCUAGCAGUGAUGGAGGCUCCCCCAUCACCAACUAUGUGGUGGAGAAGAGGGAUGUGAGGCGGAAGGCCUGGCAGUCUGUUGACACUACCAUCAAGGAGCUGAAGUACACAGUGACGCCUCUAAACGAAGGAUCUCUGUACGUGUUCCGUGUCGCUGCUGAGAACGCCAUUGGAAUGGGUGAAUUCUGCGAGCUGGAGGACGCCGUUCUCGCUAAGGACACAUUCACAACUCCUGGACCUCCUUAUGCCCUGACAGUGGUGGAAGUCACCAAGAGGCAUGUGGAGCUGAAAUGGGAACCCCCCAACAGCGAUGGUGGAAGACCCAUAACUAAGUAUGUGAUUGAAAAGAAGGAAAAGGUUGGAACUCGUUGGCUGAAAUGUUGCAAGACUCCAGACAAACAGACCCAGUUCAAGGUGACGGAUGUUGAUGAAGGGUCAGAGGUGCAGUUCCAGGUCAGAGCUGAGAACGAGGCUGGAGUCGGAGAUCCAAGUGAACCCACAGUGAUUCUCACCAUCGAGGAUCCAACCAGUCCUCCAUCUCCUCCUCUUGAAGUGACCAUUGUUGACGCCAGCAGAGAGCACAUCAACGUCACCUGGAAACCUCCAGCCAAAGAUGGAGGCAGUGCAAUAACUGGCUACCACGUUGAGGUGGCAGAGGCUCGCCCAGAGCUGAAGUGGCUCAGGGUCAACAACAGGCCCAUUAAAGAGCUGAAGUUUAGGAUUGAUGACGGAAUCAAACCAGAGAAAAAUUAUGUCAUAAGGGUUCGUGCCAUUAACUCUAUUGGAGUCAGUGAUCCCUCUGAGAUCUCCAACAAGGUUUCUACCAAGGAUCCAGACUGUGCCCCAACCAUAGAUCUAGAGGCUCAAGAUGUGGUUGUGGUAGAGGGGGAGAAGUUGCACCUGAACAUCCCCUACAGGGCCAUUCCAACACCGAAGAUGGUUUGGCAGAAAGACGCGGUGGAGUGUAAAGCAGAUGACAGGCUCUCUAUGACGGUGGAGAUGAACAGUGCUCACUUGGAGCUGCUGAAGAGCAAACACUCUGACGCUGGUGCCUACACCAUCACCCUGGAGAACAGUUUGGGAACCAUCUCUGGAACCAUUUCCGUCAAAGUUAUUGGACUUCCAGGUCAAUGUAAAGACAUCAGCUCCAGUGAUGUCACUAAGAACUCCUGCCAAAUCAGCUGGGAAGCCCCAGAAGAUGAUGGUGGCACGCCGAUUGUCAGCUAUACUUUGGAACGUCGUGAGGCUUCCAAGAAAACAUACAUGCCCAUCAUGUCAGGGGAGAACGUUCUGACCUUCAACGUCAAAGAUCUUUACACCAAUUGCGAGUACUACUUCAGGGUGAAGGCCAUCAACAAAGUUGGAGCUGGAGAAUAUCUGGAGCUACGGAACCCAGUCAUCACAGAGGAAAUCAAACAGAAACCAGACCCACCAAUCCAGGUCGAGGCUCACGAUCCCACAUCCAAGUCCAUCACAGUCACCUGGAAGGCUCCAGACUAUGACGGUGGCUGCCCCAUCCAGGGUUACAUUGUAGAGAAGAUUGAGAAAGAUGGUGACCGUUAUGAGAAAGUCACCCCAAGUCUAGUUCCUGGUUUCUCCUAUGUGGUUACCGGCCUAAAAGAAGACGUAGAGUAUCAGUUCAGAGUUCGUGCUGAGAACGCAGCUGGAGUCAGUGAGCCAUCGCGCAGCAGUCCACUCAUAAAGGCUGCAGACCCUGUUGAAAAACCAAAGGUGACACUGCAUGCCCGUGUGCAGUCAGGUCUCUGCAUUAAGAAGGGUGAGGAGAUCCGCAUCGAUGCUUACAUCUCUGGAUCUCCAUACCCCAAAGUCACCUGGCUGAAAAAUGAGGAGGAUGUCACCAAAGAGUCCACCAAAAAGAUCAUGCCUGUGGUCAAGAAGAAGAAGACCAAAGCCCUGGUUCCAGAACCUGAGGAGGAGUUUGUGACUCCUCUGCGUGAGCGUCUUGGUAUAGAUAAGACCACAAAAGGCCAGUCCACUUUGAUGAUCCGUGAUGCUGUCAGAGUUGACCAUGGAACCUUCACCAUCAAGGUGGAGAACACCCAUGGUGUUGAUUUUGCCUCCUGCUUUGUCAACGUCCAGGACAAACCUGGCCCUCCAAUCAACUUCACCUUUGAUGAAAUCAGGAACACCUCGGUCAUCUGUAACUGGGAGCCUCCUGAGGAUGAUGGUGGCAGUGAGAUCCUGAACUACAUCUUGGAGAAGAAGGACAACAAGAAUGAUGAAAUCGGCUGGAUCACCGUCACCUCCACUCUGAAAGGCACGAGCUUUCCAGUCACCAAGCUGAUUGAAGGGAAGGAGUACAUCUUGAAAGUCACAGCUGAGAACAAGUAUGGCUGUGGUCAUCCAUGCAUCUCUGAGCCACUUGUCGCCAAGAACCAGUUCAAUCCUCCUGAUGCUCCCAACACCCCCAGAGUGCAUGAGGUGACAGCAAGCUCCGCCCACAUCUCCUGGCAUGAGCCAAAGGACAAUGGUAGCCCAAUUCUGGGCUACUGGAUUGAGAGGAAGGAGGUGAACAGCAAACACUGGACCCGAGUGAACAGGGCCCUCGUCAACUCCCUUGAUGUGAAGGUCACGGGGCUGAUGGAGGGACUCACCUACAUCUUCAGAGUGUGCGCAGAGAACCUGGCUGGACCCGGGCCCUUCAGUGACCCCACAGACCGCACCAUAGCCAUGGAUGCCAUCCUUCCUCCUGGCCCUCCCACUCCACGGGUGGUGGACACUGGAAAAGAUUCUGUCAUCUUGGCCUGGAAGCCCCCACUGUACAACGGUGGAGGGGAUAUUCUGGGGUACCAUGUUGAGAAGGUAUUGGCAGGAGAAAAGGACUGGAGCCGUUGCACCGAGUUCAGGUGCAAGGAGUUAACCUACACAGCAACAGGCCUCACAGAGGGAGCAGACUAUUAUUUCCGUGUUAUUGCAGUCAACGAUGCUGGUCCUGGAGCUCCUGGUGUUACUGAACCUGUCACCGUCAAAGAGCCUGAAGAAUCUCCUGCUGUGGACUUUGAUGCCUCUGUGAAGAAUGGUGUGAUGAUCAAAGCUGGCGAUCCUCUGAAGCUUCCUGCUGUGGUGACAGGCAGACCCCAGCCCGAGAUCAAAUGGGCCAAAGAUGAGGCUGAGAUUGACAAAGAGAGGAUGAUUGUAGAGACAGAGGGUAAGAAGAGCACUCUGUUCAUCAAGAAGGCUGUGAGAUCAGACCAUGGAAAGUACCAGAUCACUGGAACCAAUGGCAGUGGGACCAAGACUGCAGAGACCAGAGUGGAUGUUAUGGAUGUUCCUGGGCCAGUGGUUGAUCUGAAGACUGUCUUGGUGACAAAGAAGAAUAUUGUCCUGACGUGGUCAGAUCCUGUGGACAAUGGAGGCAGUGACAUCAUCGGUUAUGAGGUGCUAAGGAAAGAUGCCAACAUGAAGCUUUUCCGUCAGCCCAUUGAGACAGCAUCCUGCAAGUGUGACAUCCAAGGUUUGCUGGCCGGUGAGGAGUAUGACUUCAGGGUCUUUGCCAGAAAUAAGUAUGGUGAUGGAGCUCCAUCAGACCUGGGACCGAUCUUGGCUGAGGAUCCUAAAGGAAUACCAUCUGCCCCUGAGAAACUGCGCUACACUGAGAGAACCAAGAGCACCAUCACUCUGGCCUGGCAGCCUCCUCGCACUGACGGCGGCAGCCCCAUUAGUGGAUAUUAUGUGGAGAAGAUGAGGUCUGAUGGCACAGAGUUUGAAGUUGCUAAUCGCAAGAUCUUUACAGAGUGUUGUGGAACAAUCGAGAACCUUUCUGAGAACCAAGAGUACCAGUUCCGUGUAAAAGCUGUCAAUGAAGUUGGGGAUGGAGAACCAUCCAAACCAAUCACAGUCAAGAUCCAGGAUGAUGAACUUUCUCCAGUUAUCACAAUUUUGAAAUUCUUCAAGAGCAACGCAAUCAUUGUGAGGAAAGGAGCCGCCAUCGACAUCCCAGCAGAGGUGACUGGACUUCCUCUGCCAACCCUCCAGUGGCUGAAAGACAAUGUGGUGAUUGAAGUGCCUGAAGAUGACAAGAUGACCAUGGAGACAGAGGAGGUGAACCGGACUACACUGAGGACAAAGAUAGCUUUCCCAGAAACUGUCAGACAGGACAAAGGGAACUAUAAGUUGGUAGCUGAAAACUGUUAUGGAACAGCUCAACAGGUCAUCAGAGUCGAGAUCCUCGACCGUCCUCUUCCUCCGAGAAAUAUUGUGGUGUCAGACAUCAAGGCGGACUCGUGCUACUUGACGUGGGAUGCCCCUGAGGACAAUGGAGGAAGUGAGAUAACCAACUACAUCGUGGAGCGCCGAGACGCCAGCAAGAAGAAAUCAGACUUUGACGUUCUGACUAUCAACCUGAUUGAAAGGAGAUAUGGGGUCUACAAACUGGACUUAAAUGGAGCUUACCAGUUCAGGAUCAAAGCUGAAAACAAGUACGGUGUUAGUGACGGCUGUGAAUCAGAGAAAGUACAGCUCCGAGAUCCAUUUGGCCUCCCAGGACCUCCACGUAACCCUAAAAUCAUAGCUGCCACAGCAACCACCAUGACGGUGACCUGGGACCCCCCUCUGGACAACGGUGGCUCCACCAUACAGGGUUACUGGCUGGAAAAGAGGGAGCGUGGUGCAGUAUACUGGGGUCGGGUUAACCGAGCCCCGGCCACCAAGCCGGCAGUGAAGGGCCUGCAGUACACAGUGCUGAGGCUCAUAGAAGGAACAGAGUACCAGUUCAGGGUCGCAGCCAGCAAUGCUGCAGGACUCGGACCACCAAGCGAGGCCACCGAGUGCCGCUUUGCUGUGGAUCCAUGCAACCCCCCCAGCCCACCUGGUGCCCCCGAGGUUAAAGACAAAACUAAGAGCAGCAUCACGCUCACCUGGAGCCCUCCGGAACGAGACGGCGGAAGCCCCAUCAAAGGUUACAUCAUCGAGGUUCAUGAGGAGGGCUCUCCUGAUUGGAGGAGGGUAAACCCAGCCGAUAAGCUCCACCCAUCUACCGAAAUCACUGUCCCUGACCUGAAGGAGGGAAAGAAGUGCAAGUUCAAGAUCUAUGCAGUGAAUGCUGCAGGAAACUCUGAGCCCGCCAGGACAGCUGACAUCCUGGUUCAAGACAUCUUGAUCGAACCCACCGUCACUCUGGAUGUGAACGCUAAUGACCUGCUGAACUGCAGAGCAGGAACCACCAUCAGGAUUCCUGCCACCAUCACAGGACGACCCAUUCCCAAAGUCACCUGGACCUUCGUAGAUGGGACUGCUGAGACCGAGAAGAAGAACGACCUUCACACGCUGCCCAUUGACUCUGAGAUCCACUCCACUGACACCACUUCAAUGGUGGUGAUCCCUGACGGCAAAAUGAGCCACAGUGGUCGAUACAUCAUCAAUGCUGAGAGCCCGGCUGGACACAAAGUGGUCAAAGUCCGGGUCAACGUGCUCGACUUGCCUGGACCUCCUAGGGACCUGAAAGUAAGUGAUGUGACCAGGGGAACCUGCAGACUUACCUGGAAACCUCCGGAGAAUGAUGGAGGGGAGAGGGUGAAGAGCUACUUCAUUGAGAAGAAGACGGUGGAUGGCAAAGCCUGGACCAAGGUGAACCCAGUGUGCGCCUCUCAGUCUCUGGUGGUUCCAGACCUGAUUCAUGGCGAGGAGUACCUGUUCCGCAUUCGAGCUGAAAAUCGCUUUGGGUUUGGCCCAUUUGUUGAGACCACUGAAGGGACCAAAGCCAAAGAUCCUAUCCAUCCUCCGGAUCCUCCAACAAGACUGAAGAUUCAGAACAUCAGGAAGGGCACAGUGACUCUGACCUGGAAGGCUCCAAAGAAUGACGGAGGUUCACCCGUCACCCACUACAGCGUGGAUCUGCUCUGCUGGGACUCCAGUGGCACUCAGAAAGAAUCCUGGAGGAGGUGUAAUAGAAGAGAUGUGGACACCACAACUUUCAAAGUGGAGGACCUGACAGAAGGAGAUGAGUAUGAGUUCAGAGUGAUAGCUUACAAUGAGGCUGGCCCCAGUCGACCAUCGUCCACUGCCGGACCGGUCCUGCUCCAGGACCAGACCUGUGCUCCAUCCAUCGAGCUCAAGGAGUUUAUGGAGGUGGAGCAGGGCUCAGACAUCAGCAUCGUAGCCAAGCUCCGCGGCUGUCCAUUCCCCACACUCACUUGGUACAAGGCUCCACCCCACAAGCCUGAAGACAAGGUGGAGGUUCAGUAUGAUGAGCAUAUCAACAAGAUUGUGUCAGACGACAGCUGCACACUGCUCAUCCAGCAGGGCAAACGCCCUGACACUGGUCUGUACACGCUGGUGGCCUCCAACUGUCUCGGCAAAACCUCCAAGGAGAUGAGACUCAACGUGCUCGGUCGUCCUGGUCCUCCCUCUGCUCCCAUUAAAUUUGAGGAGAUUGGAGCUGAGAAGAUCACGCUUUCCUGGCUGCCACCGAAGGAUGAUGGUGGCUCUAAGGUCACAAACUACGUCAUCUGGAAGCGAGUGGCCAACAGAAAGACCUGGGUGCCUGUCACCAAUGAGCCCAAAGAUCGGAUCUGGACAGUAGAAAAUCUCAUGGAGGGACAUGAGUAUGUGUUCCGCAUCAUGGCCCAGAACAAAUAUGGUGUUGGGGAGCCACUGGACAGUGAGCCUGAGGUCGCCCGGAAUCGUUACACUGUCCCCGGUCAAUGUGAGAAGCCCACAGUAACUAACAUCACCAUGGAUUCCAUGACCAUUAACUGGGAGGAGCCUGAGGAUGAUGGCGGUACCCCUAUCACCGGAUACUGGCUGGAGCGCAAAGAGACCACUGGCAAACGCUGGGCCCGUUUUACCCGAGACCCCAUUCGUCCUAUGGGCAUGGGGGAAACUUUUGUAGCAAGUGGAUUAGUUGAAGGAUCUCAGUACUUAUUCAGAGUUUCUGCUAUCAAUGCUGCCGGACCUGGACUGGCUAGCCCCCCAACAGACCCUGUAUUUGCUAGAGACCCCACAUCCCCCCCAUCUCCUCCAACGCCCAAGAUUUCUGAUUGGACAAAAUCUACAGUGGACCUGGAAUGGAUCCCACCACUGAAGGAUGGAGGCUCCAAGAUCAUUGGUUAUUGGGUAGAGUACAAAGAGGAGGGCACUGAGACCUGGGUCAAGGCUAAGGAGACUGAAGUCCGAGGCACUCGGUUAGUGAUCACCGGCCUAAAGACUGGUGGUCAGUACAGGUUCAGGGUGACUGCCUUCAAUGCUGCUGGUAAUGGUGAGCCAGGGGAAGUCCCAGAGGUGCUCGAAGUCAAUGACAGAACCAUUGCUCCUGAGGUCGACUUGGAUGCCUCGGUGAAGGAAAGGAUUGUGGUACAUGCUGGCGGUGUGAUCCGGAUCAUCGCCUAUGUGUCAGGCCAGCCAACACCUGACAUUACAUGGGGCAGAAAUGGAGCUGCACUGCCUCCGGAGGCAAAAGUGGAGACCACGGCCAUCAGCUCUUCACUUGUCAUCAAACCAUGUGCCAGGAAACACCUCGGUGUCUACACGCUGACUGCUAAGAAUGCUGGAGGGGAAAAGACAAAGAGCAUCACUGUGGAAGUCCUUGAUGUUCCUGGGCCUGUUGGUAUUCCUUUUAUUGCUGAGAACCUGAGCACUGACUCCUGCAAGCUGAACUGGUUCUUCCCUGAGAAUGAUGGAGGCUCUCCCAUCAGCAACUAUAUCAUUGAGAAACGUGAAGCUGAGCGUAAAGCCUGGACAUCACUCUCAUAUACGGCCAGCAGACAAAAUGCUGUGGCUCGUGACCUCACCCUCGGAAAGGCCUACUUCUUCAGAGUGGCUGCAGAGAAUGCCAUCGGCAUUGGACCAUUUGUGGAGACAGCAGCUGAGCUCAUCAUCAAGGAACCAAUCAGUGUGCCAGACCGCCCAGAAGAACUGGAGGUUACCAAGGUUACUAAGGAUACCAUCUGCCUCACCUGGAAAGAGCCCAAAUAUGAUGGAGGCUCUGAUAUCACCAUGUACAUCCUAGAGGCACGUAUGAUUGGCAAGGACAAGUUCACCAGACUGACAAAGGAGAAGCUGAUGGACAGGAAGUUCACAUAUGAUGGCCUGAGGGAAGGUGACACCUACGAGUUCAGGGUGAUUGCUGUGAAUGAAAUCGGACCAAGCAAACCGUCCUUCUGCACCAAACCGAUUACUUGCAAGGAUGAACUAGAGCCACCAACCAUUGAGCUGGACUUCCGUGACAAGAUCAUCGUUCGUGUGGGAGAGAGCUGUUUGCUGCAGGGCCGCUACACAGGCAAACCGGCUCCGUCUAUUACUUGGUAUAGAGAUGACAAAGAGCUGAAGGCUGACAAACAUGUUAUGUUCAAAAACACACCAACUACCUUGUCACUGGGCCUGAUGAAGGCCAUGCGUGAGCACAGUGGAAGGUAUGUUGUGGUUGUGGAAAACAGUACCGGAUCCAGGAAAGGAGUCAGCAACAUCACAGUUGUUGACCGACCAACUCCUCCUGUUGGUCCUGUGGUGUUUGAGGAGGUGCAUAGGGAGUAUAUGGUGAUCUCAUGGAAGCCUCCUCUAGACAAUGGUGGUGUCGAGGUCUCUAAUUACAUCAUUGAGAAGAGAGAUGUUAACAGAGAGAUCUGGACCACAGUAACAUCUGCCACAACCAAGACUACAUGCAAGAUCCCCAAACUAACAGAGGGCAGGGAGUACAUCAUGAGAAUCUCUGCUGAGAACAUGUACGGCAUCAGUGACCCUUUAGAGUCUGAGGAGAUGAAAGCUAAAGAUCUGUUCAGAGUCCCUGAGGCCCCUGAAAUGCCAGCUGUCAGAGAGGUGUAUGCUAACAGUGCUUUGGUGCUGUGGAACCGGCCUCGGGAUGGAGGGAAGCCUAUCACCAACUACAUUUUGGAAAAGAAGGAACCUGGAGCCAAGAGGUGGUCCAGAGUAACCAGAGAUCCACUUUACCCAGCAACUCAGUACCGAGUUCAGGACUUAGUGGAAGGUUGCGAGUAUGAAUUCAGGGUGAUGGCUGAGAAUGAGUUGGGAACCGGAGAUCCAAGUCCCCCAUCCAAACCAAUCCUAGCUAAAGAUCCCAUUGUACCUCCAAGUCCCCCAGUAACCCCAGAGGCCUACGAUAAGACCAAGGACUCUGUCAGUCUAAAGUGGCAGAUUCCACGACAUGAUGGAAAAGGACGAAUCUUUGGCUACAUUGUGGAGUAUCAGAAGCCAGGUGCCAUAGAGUGGACUCAGGCCAAUGCAACUCCAGAGGAGUGUCCAGAUCUCCAUUAUGUAGUAACAGGACUUACUGAUGGACAGGAGUAUGCGUUUAGGGUCUUUACAGUGAAUGCUGCUGGUAAAUCAGACCCUGCCUAUGUCAAACAGACCAUCAAAGUCCAUGACAGAUUAGAGGAGCCCGAAUUACUCUUGGAUGCCAACAUGGCACGUGACCACCUAGCCAUGCUGGGCACAGAUAUCACUCUGAGUGCCACCAUUAAAGGCAUACCAACACCAACAGUUUCCUGGAAAAAGAAUGAUGGAGAUGUACCUUCUCACGUCACUGUUGCUGUUACCACGACUGGCAGCAAAGUCUUCAUCCCCAAGUGUGUCCGUGCAGACUCUGGAAACUAUACUAUUACAGCUGAGAAUGCAGCUGGAAAGAAAUCAGCAACAGUUGCUGUGCUUGUGCUAAACAAGCCAUCUCCUCCAAGGGAUUUGAUGGUGUCUGAAGUGACCAGUGAGUCUGCUUACCUAACAUGGAAGGCUCCAGAAGACAAUGGUGGUGCUGUCAUCUCUCAUUAUGUUGUGCAAAAGAAAGAUGUAGCUGCAGAUCAGUGGGUACCUGUCGCUCCAGCCAAUAAGAAACUGAGUCUGAUGGCCAUGUACCUGAUGGAAGGAAUCCAGUAUCUGUUCAGAGUGGCUGCUGAGAAUCAGUUUGGCAGGAGUGACUUCAUUGUAACUAAGACACCUAUCAAGGCUGUUGAUCCUCUCUAUCCUCCUGGUCCACCCAAGAACCUCCACCACACCGAUGUAGAGAAGACAGAAGUAUGGCUGGCCUGGGAGUGGCCAGAUCGCACUGGUGGAAGUGAAAUUACUGGCUUCAUUGUAGAGUACCAGGAAGAUGGCCAGACAGACUGGGUUACCUUCAAGACUGUGAGCAACAACCAGAGCCAUGUGACAGGUCUGGAAGAAGGCAAAACUUACCGCUUCAGGGUCAAAGCUCAGAAUGCCAUUGGUGUAAGCCGCCCUGACACUAGUGUUCCGGUGACUUGCCAGGAGAAGACAUUGCCACCUACUCUUGAAGUUGAUGUGAAGCUUAUUGAGGGUGUUGUUGUCAAAGCUGGAAGUACUGUUUCUUUACCAGCUAAGAUGACAGGUAUCCCCCUUCCCACAGCCAAAUGGAUGAGCGAUGGCAAGGAGAUCAUAUCUGAGGGCCGAUAUCAUAUUGAAACAGCUGGAUCCUCAACCAUCCUCAGUAUUCCGGAGUGCCAAAGAGGAGACACUGGAGAGUACAUGCUCACUGUGUCCAAUCCUGCAGGCAGCAAGACAGUAGCCCUACAUGUCACUGUGCUGGAUCUACCAGGACCACCCAUUGGACCCAUCAAUAUUUUGGAAGUCACCCCUGAUCACAUGAUGAUACAAUGGAGGGCACCCAAAGAUGAUGGUGGCACACCUAUAACCAACUAUGUGGUCGAAAAAAAGGAUGUCAAGAAGCCAUGGGAGCCUUGGUCAGUUGUUAGCUCUAGUGGUACCAGCACAAAAGCCAAAGUGUCAAGGUUAGAGAAAGGUCGUGAAUACAUUGUUCGCGUCCGUGCAGAAAACAAAAUUGGCAUUGGUGCUGGUCUUGAGAGUCCACCUACUAUUGCCAAACACAUGUUCAACCCUCCUGGUCCUCCAGGCUUCCCUGAGUGUUCUGAUAUCACAGAGAAUGCUGUAACAGUGGAAUGGGCCCUGCCGGAGUAUGAUGGAGGUAGCCCCAUCAGUGGCUAUGUGAUUGAGCGGAGAGAAAUGACAGGAAAGUGGAUCAGAGUCAAUAAAACUCCGGUGCUAGAUCUAAGAUACAGAGUCUCUGGUCUGUUUGAAGGCAAUAGCUAUGAGUUUAGAGUGUUUGCAGAGAACAUUGCUGGUAUCAGUGAGCCUUCACUCACCUCUGACCCUAUUAAAGCUACUCGAGCAAUCACUAAACCUGGACCUCCUGGUAACCCUAAACUGAAGGACUGGAGUAAAUCCUAUGCUGACAUCUGCUGGACCAAGCCCACAAGAGAUGGAGGCAGUCCAAUUCUAGGAUAUGUUGUGGAGGCUCAGAAGUCAGGAACUGCCCAGUGGGAUAGAAUCAAUAAGGACCUUGUCAAGAUCUGUGCCUACAGAGUACCUGGCCUCAUUGAAGGAAUGGAGUACAGACUACGCAUCAGAGCUACUAACAAGGUUGGGGACAGUGAGCCCAGAGAGUUCCCUGAGACAAUUUUGGCAAAGGACAUUCUAGUGCCCCCCGAAGUUGUGGUUGAUGUGACUUGCCGGGACUCUGUGACAGUCAGGGCAGGUCAGAUAAUCAGUUUAAUUACCAGAGUGAAAGGCAGACCAGAUCCAGAAAUCACAUGGACUAAGGAUGCCAGAGCCUUGUCACGAGAUAAGCGCACAGAGAUGAACAACAACUACCCUGUUUGUGAACUGAUUAUUAAUGACUCAGUCAGAUCAGAUUAUGGAAAAUAUGCUAUUGUCGCUAAGAACAGCAGUGGACAGGCACAAGCUACCAUUUUGGUGAAUGUUCUAGACACACCAGGAGCUUGUCAGAAUUUGAAAGUAGCCUACGCCACAAAAAAAUCUUGCAUGGUCUCAUGGGAAAACCCUGAAGAUAAUGGUGGCACUGAGAUUACUCAAUACAUUAUUGAGUGUCGUCAGCCAAGUCAAAGAGGAUGGACAGUGGUUUCUAAUGAUUGGACCAAGCGUCUAAUAAAGGCUCCUCUUACUGAAGGUUGUGAGUAUUUCUUCCGUGUCAGUGCAGAAAAUAAGAUUGGCGUUGGGCCAUCUACAGAGACCAAGACACCUAUUCUGGCAGUUGACCCCAUUGAGAAACCUGGUGAACCCAUUGAUUUCCAUAUUUCUGAAAUAGGCAAGACUUUCUGUUUCCUGAAGUGGAAGAAACCUGAUUAUGAUGGUGGUAGUCGUAACCUUGGCUAUCAUAUUGAAAAGAAACCAAAAGAGGGUGAGUGGGAAAGGCUUCACAAGGGUGCCAUCAAGGAGACUUACUUCAUGGCAGAUAGGUGUAUUGAAAAUCAACUCUACCAAUUCAGGGUUCAGACUAAGAAUGAGGGAGGUGAAAGUAACUGGGUAACCACAGCAGAAGUAUUAAUUAAGGAACAGCUGGUGGAGCCUGAGGUAAAGAUUAAACUUGACAGAUCCCUUGUUGUGAAAGCCGGAGACACUAUUUCUAUGGAAGCAACAGUAAAAGGCAAACCCCAACCAGAUGUCAAAUGGACAAAAGAUGAGAGCACAGAGAUUAAGAAAGGUCCCAAGCUUCAAAUUGAAACUGGUAUAGACUUCUCUAAGUUGUUGCUUACAGGUGCCAGACGCAGUGACAGUGGAAAAUAUAUUGUUACUGCCUCCAACAGUGCAGGAACCAGCUCUGAUAAUGCUAAAGUGAUUGUACUCGAUAGGCCUGGGGCCAUCAGGGAUCUCAAAGUAUCUGGCAUCACAACUGACAGGUGCCAUCUGGCCUGGGAAGUCCCAGAAGAUGAUGGUGGUUGCGAUAUCUACAACUACAUUAUUGAGAAAUGUGAGACCAAGAGAGGUGUUUGGUCUGUCCAUUCUAACGCUGUUAUCACCAACAAAGCAAAAGUAACCAGACUCAUUGAAGGUAAUGAAUAUAUCUUCAGAGUUCGAGCUGAAAAUAAGAUGGGUCCUGGACCGGCAGUUCAAAGUCAGGCUAUUGUUGCUGGCACCCAGUUCAGUGUACCUGAUACACCGGAAGCACCAGAGGUAACCAAGAUAGGCAAAGAAGAAAUGACUGUGCAAUGGUCUGAGCCUGAAAAAGAUGGAGGAAAGCCAAUCAUUGGGUAUCUGUUGGAGAAGAAAGAAGAGCAUGCCAUUAGGUGGUCUCCUGUUAAUAAAGAUCCAGUCCCUGGUUGUCGUUUUACUGUUCCAGGACUAUUGCCACUUCAUGAUUACCAAUAUAGAGUUAAGGCUGUGAAUGAAAUUGGUAUUAGUUCUCCAAGCAAGGCUUCUCGUGCAGUCACUUCAAAAGAUGCGCUUGAGCCUCCUGCUCCUCCUACCAAUUUGAAGGUUGUGGACAGCACCAAAACCACAGUCACUCUUGGUUGGACCAAGCCUGUGUCUGAUGGAGGAGCUCCUCUCAUUGGCUAUGUUGUAGAGAUGCGGGCACAAGGGACUGCAAAGAAAGGAGAUGACGGCUGGAGGAGAUGCAAUGUUGCAGCGCAGCUUACUGUGUGUGGGUUCACUGUUACAAGUCUUGAUGAGAAACUUGUGUAUGAAUUUAGGGUGUCAGCUCAAAACCAGGUGGGCAUGAGUCUGCCUUGUGAUCUGGAUGGUGCUGUGAUUCCACGAGAUAUUCUAGAGGCACCAGAGGCUGACUUGGAUGCCAAUCUUAAGCAAGGUCUGACAGUUCGAGCUGGCUGUCCCAUUAGACUGUGUGCCACUAUCAGAGGCAGGCCACCUCCCACUGUCACAUGGAGAAGAAUGGGUAUUGAUAAUGUGGUCAGAAAGGGUAAAGUUGAUAUCAUCGACACAAUGACCUUCCUGGUCAUUCCAGACUCCACCCGAAAUGACUCUGGCAAAUACUGCCUGACUCUGCAGAGCACUGCAGGAGAGAAGGCCGUUUUUAUCAAUGUCAAGGUUCUGGAUACUCCUGGUCCUGUAAUGAACCUCGAAGCUACAGAUAUCAAAGAGACAUCGGUUAUGUUGUCCUGGAAUCUUCCAGAGAUCAACGGUGGCAGUGAGGUUACACACUACAUUGUUGAAAAGCGUGAGAUUGACCGUAAGACAUGGGCAACUGUCAAGACUGAAGUUCAACUAGAUAAGAUACCCUUAAAAGUCUCUGGUUUGAUGCCUGGUACUGAAUACUACUUCAGAGUCACAGCUGUCAAUGAGUAUGGCUCUGGAGUUCCUAGAGUAACACCUACAUCUUACCUGGCCUCUGAUCCUGUCAGCAAGCCUGACCCUUGUCAAAAAAUUGAAGUUCUGGAAAUAACUAAAAACAGUGCUCUGGUUGGCUGGGUGAAGCCUGAAAGAGAUGGUGGAGCCAAGAUUGAUGGUUAUGUAAUUGAAUAUAUUGAAGUCAAACCUCCUCCAGAGCCACCUGCCCCUGUGGAGGUUGCUGAGGGACAGGAAGCUCCUCCACCCCCUCCACCAGAAAUAGAGGAGGAAGAAGAACCUGUGAAGGAAGUGUGGAAUGCAUACACAACAGUUAAAGGUUUAACAGUCAGUGUCAGUGGACUAAAAGAGCGGAAGAAAUACAAGUUCAGAGUAGCUGCCAAGAACAUCAUGGGCCUCAGCUCCUUCACAGAAACAAGAGAACCGGUCGAGAUCAAAGAGCAGAUGGUGGAGCCAAAGAUUGUUAUGCCAGAAACAGCAAGUGCUAGAGCGGGAGCCAAACUUCGAGUGGAGGCCCUGGUUUCAGGGAAACCCUCCCCAACUUGUAAGUGGAUGCACGGUGAGAAUUCAGUGGUCCCAUCCAGUCGUUUGGCCGUGCACCAGUCUGGAAACUUAUGUGUCCUGAUCAUCAAAGAUGUGACAAGGACUGACAGCGGAGAAUAUAGUCUUGUGGCUGAAAACAGCACUGCAAAGGUUUCUCAAGUGAUAAAAAUUGUCAUCAGAGAUAUCCCUGGUCCUCCCGAAGGCCCUGUAGAGAUCAGUGACAUUGAUGCUGAUUCUUGCUCUCUGUCUUGGAACAAACCCCUGGAAGAUGGGGGAAGCAAUAUCACAAACUAUGUGAUUGAGAAAUGUGAUGUAAGUAGAGGUGACUGGGUGACAGCCCUCUCUUCCUGUUCAAAGACCAGUUGCAGAUUGGGAAAACUUGUUCCCGGAAAAGAGUAUGUGUUCCGCAUUCGUGCUGAGAACCGCUUUGGUGUGUCAGACUCGAUUCAGUCUGAUAGGAUGGUCGCCAAGUUCCCCUUUGAUGUUCCAAGUGAGCCCCUAAAUUGCCGCAUCAACAAGACCAACAAAGAUUGUAUGUUUGUUGCCUGGGAUAAACCUGACAGUGAUGGUGGCAGUCCCAUCACAGGUUACUACAUUGAGCGAAAGGAAAGAAAUAGUCUUUUGUGGGUGAAGGCCAAUGACACUGUCGUACGUAACACUGAGUACCCAUGUGCCGGUCUCAUUGAGGGCCUGGAAUAUACCUUCAGAGUAUCAGCUAUUAACCGUGCUGGCCAGAGUAAACCAAGCAAGAAGACUGACUUUGUAACUGCUAGAACACCUGUUGACACCCCAGGUAAACCUGAAGUUUUGGAUGUAACCAAGAACUCUGUAACUUUAGUUUGGGCCCGCCCAAAAAAUGAUGGUGGAAGCAAAAUUAUAGGCUACUAUGUUGAGGUGAUGCGGGUGCCAGGAGAUUCAUGGAUACGCUGCAAUACCAGCAGUCAAAACGUCCCAAGGGAGGAGUAUACAGUGACUGGUCUUGAAAGAGACCUACAGUACCAAUUCAGAGUUAUUGCCAAAACUGCUGUAAACAUGAGCAAACCCUCAGAGCCCACAGACCCAGUUCUGGUUUGUGCUGAGAAUGUUCCUCCAAAAAUUGAGCUCAAUGCAAAGAUGCAAAAGGGUUUUAAGGUGAAGGCUGGAACCACAAUCCUUCUGGAAGCUGAUGUGUUUGGUAAACCUAUGCCCAGAGUCACUUGGAAGAGAGGUGAUGACAACCUGAAAUCAGGUGAAGGGCAGGUCAUUACCCAACAAAGGCAUCACUUUCAGCUAGAGAUGACAUCAGUUACUAAAGAACACACAGGACUCUACACAAUAUUGGCUGAGAAUGCCAGUGGAUCCAAGACAGAAGAGAUUCAGGUUGUCAUACUUGAUGUUCCUGGCCCCCCUGCCAGUUCCAAGUAUGUUGAGGUGUUUGCCAACAGUCUCAAGCUUUCCUGGGAACCUCCUUUGAAAGACGGCGGUGCCCCUAUCACCAACUACAUUAUUGACAAGCGUGAGACCAGCAGGACUGAUUGGGCCCAAGUUUCAACCAAGAUUAAGGGUGAUGUGUUGGAGUUUAAUGUGGAGAAGUUAAUUGAGGGUCAUGAGUACCAGUUCCGAAUCCGUGCUGAAAACAUGUGGGGGGUUGGAGACCCCUUUAUCACCCACCCAGCCAUCGCCAAGAACCCAUUCACUGUUCCCGGUCCUUGUGAAGCACCGCUGAUCACCAAUGUGACUAAAGACCAUAUGACAGUAAGUUGGAAGGAACCUUCUGAUGAUGGAAAGUCCACCAUCCUGGGUUACAUGCUAGAAAAGAAGGAGACCAAAGAGAUGAACUGGAGCAAACUGAACAGAAAGCCCAUAACAGAAAGGACACUUGAAGUAACAGGCCUAACAGAGGGAGUUGAGUAUGAGUUCAGAGUGAUUGCUGUCAAUGUCGCUGGGCUUGGCAAACCCAGUGAUCCUUCUGCUGGCACCACUGCACAGAAUCCCAUUACUCCUCCUGGACCUGUUAUCAACCCCAGUGUGACUGACACCACCCAUAGCACCAUCAGUCUUACAUGGACUGCACCUGCUAACAAUGGUGGAAGCCCUGUUAUUGGAUACUUAGUGGAAUGCAAGAGAACUGACACCAAUGACUGGAUCCGCUGCAAUGUCCCCAGGAAUCUGCAGGAUACCAACUACAUCAUCCAGAAUCUCAUUGACAAGUCUGAGUACCAGUGUCGCAUCACUGCUGUCAACAAAGUUGGUUUCAGUGAGCCAGCUGAAGUGCCUGGAAAGCACAUAGCCAAGGAUAUUGUUGUUGCUCCUGAGGCAGAGCUGAGUGCUGAAUUGAAAGAAGGUCUGCAGCUUCAGGCCGGUGCCACCAUGAAGUUGUAUGCAACCAUCAAGGGUCGUCCCAGUCCUCGUAUUACUUGGGCAAAAAUGAACACCAACAUCAAGGACCGUCAGGGCAUUGUCAUCAAAUCCAGCAACACAGACACCAUGGUGGUGGCAGAGAAGGUCAACAGAUACGAUGCUGGCAAAUACGUUUUGAAUUUAGAGAGUUCAGCUGGCAUGAAGAUGUACACCAUUACUGUCAAAGUCUUUGACACUCCUGGACCACCAGCAAAUCUAAUGGUGAAAGAAACAUCCAAAGACAGUGCUGAAAUCUUCUGGGAUGCUCCUCUGAUUGAUGGUGGCUAUGAAGUCACCCACUACAUAGUGGAGAAGCGUGACACUGAGAGAAAGGCCUGGUCUGUUGUCUCAAACAAUUGCACCAAGACAUCAUUUAGGGUUCAAGAGCUGGAUGCCGGCCGGUCCUACUGCUUCAGAGUGUCAGCAGUCAACCAGCUUGGUAAAGGAGAAGCUUGUGAGACAGCUGAUUCUGUCAGAGCAACAGAGGAGCCUGGGCCUGUCAUGGACUUUAAAACCCUGCUGGUGACCAAGGAUUCUUGUACUCUAAGCUGGAAGAAACCCCUCAGUGAUGGUGGCAGUCGCAUUAUUUGCUAUGUGCUAGAAGUUCUUAAUGGUGAUGACAAAUACAAGGAGCUUAUGAGGUCCAAGAAUAUGCAGUACAGUGCCAAGGACCUGGUAGAGGGAAGAGAGUACACCUACCGAGUCAAAGCUAUAAAUGAUUCAGGAGAGGGUUCUGCUAAAGAACUAAAGGUGAUCGCCAAAGAUCAGAUUGUUCAUCCAAGCUGUGACUUAAGAGAAUUGCCCAACAUGUGCUACAUUGCCAAAGAGGGCAGCACUGUUCGUUUGAAGAUCCCCAUCAUUGGCAAACCUACUCCCAAGGUUACCUGGAAGAAAGGAGAGGAUGAAGACCUCACAGACACUGGCAGGGUUUGUGCAGAGUCUUCUGCAGUCAAUACCACCCUUCUAAUUAGGGACUGUCAAAGGAGUGACGCUGUUAAGUACACAAUCACCCUGAGAAAUAGUGCUGGCACCAAAGAGUCAGCCAUCUUCAUCAGGGUGGUGGGUAAACCUAGCAUUCCUGUUGGACCAAUAAAAUUCAAAGAUAUUACGGCUGAUGGUGCUACACUCAAGUGGGGUGUUCCCAAGGAUGAUGGUGGUUCAGAGAUUACCAACUAUAUAUUGGAAAAGAGGGAUUCCAUCACCAAUAUGUGGGUGACUGUGUCCUCUACUGUGGAGACCAAUGCCAUGAGGGUGACCGGUCUCCAUGAGGGCACAGAAUACAUAUUCAGAGUCAGCGCUGAGAACAAAUACGGUGUUGGAGAAGGACUCAAGUCUGAGCCUGUUGUAGCUAAACAUCCAUUCAAUGUACCGGAUGCACCUGCACCUCCACAGAUCAUGAGCAUGCGCCAUGACUUUGCAUACUUGACCUGGUCUGACCCCAGAAAGACUGGAGGAUCACCUAUCACUGGCUAUCACAUUGAAUUUAAGGAGAGAAACAGUAUGUUGUGGAAAAGGGCCAGUCCAGCCGCUUUAAAGAUGAAGGAACACAAAGUAACAGGGCUGACUGAAGGUCUGGAGUAUGAGUUUAGAGUAAUGGCUAUUAACUUGGCUGGAAUUGGCAGGCCAAGUGCUCCAACUGAUCCACAGGUGGCACUGGAUCCCAUUGAUGCUCCUGGUAAACCUGAUAUAAUCAGCAUCACCAGAAGCAGUGUGACACUUCAGUGGACUGAGCCUCAGUUUGACGGUGGCCACAGGCUGACUGGCUACAUUGUGGAGAAGCGAGAUCUGCCUUCCAAGAUCUGGGUGAAAGCCAACAAUGUGAAUGUUGUGGAACCUGCAUUUACAGUUGUUGAUUUACAAGAGGGAUGCAAAUAUGAGUUCAGAAUCAGGGCGAAGAAUGCUGCUGGUGCCCUCAGCCCACCUUCGGAGCAGACAGAUACCAUUAUCUGUACAGAUGAAUAUGCUGCACCAACGAUUAUAAUUGAUGCUCAAGUGAAGGAAGGACUGACCGUCCGUGCUGGUGACACAAUUGUUAUCACUGCCACAAGCAUUUUAGGCAAACCUGCACCAACUUCAUGCUGGUCUAAGGGAGGAAAGUAUUUUAAGCCAUCUGACCUUGUUCAGAUUGAAACGACUGCUACGUCUUCCACUCUGUCUGUAAAAUAUGCGGGCAGGAAAGAUUCUGGGGAAUACACUAUUACUGCCAGCAACCCCUUUGGUGUAAAAGAAGAAACUGUCAAGGUCAAGGUUCUGGAUGUUCCUAGUGCUCCUGGGCCCAUUGAAUGCAGUGGUAUUUCCUCUAUAAAGGUUACUCUUACCUGGCCAGCCCCUACUGAAGAUGGAGGCUCUCCUAUUAAAUAUUACACCCUGGAAAAGAGGGAGACUAGCCGUCUUCUCUGGACAGUCUUGGAAGAGAAGGUCAUUGACUGUCACUACGUGGCCAACAAACUCAUUCAAGGGAAUGAGUACUUCUUUAGAGUCUCUGCUGUGAACCAGUAUGGUGCCAGUGAACCAUCUCAUUCUGAGGCUGUCAAGAUGAUUGAUAGAUUUGGUCCUCCUGGUCCACCUUCUAAACCAGAAGUUGAGAAAGUUGAUGGACAUGCAGUCACUUUGAACUGGAAAAGACCAGCUGAAGAUGGAGGAAGUGACAUAAUAGGUUACUGUAUUGAGAAAAAGGAAAGGAAGACUAUGAGGUGGUUCAGAGCAUCCAAGAAAUCCAUUGCUGAACUCAGCUUUGAAGUCACGGGUCUCACAGAGGGUGUUGAGUAUGAGUUCCGUGUUCUUGCUGAGAAUAAAGCUGGUUUUGGAGAGCCAAGUGAACCUUCUAUACCUGUCAAAACAAUAGUUGCUGCUUUUGUACCAGGACCUCCAGUCAAUCCAAGAGUUACAGACACAACCAAGACAACUGCUACUUUGAACUGGGGAAAACCUCUGGAUAAUGGUGGACUUGAAGUCACUGGAUAUGUGAUUGAGCACAAAAAGGAAGAAACAGAAGAAUGGAUUAGGGAUACUCCUUCAAAACCACUCAGGAUCACCGAGUUUGUGGUUCCUGACCUGCAAACUGGUGUAAAGUACUACUUUAGAAUUAGUGCUGUAAAUGCUAAGGGGACAGGUGAACCUGCAGAAACUCAGGAACUGGUUGAGAUUGUAGAACAUGCUGCUAUACCUGACUUGGAGUUGGAUAUUGAGCUACGGAGAACCCUAGUUGUCAGAGCUGGUUGUUCUAUCCGGCUCUUUGUGCCAAUUAAAGGUCGCCCUACUCCUACUGUCACUUGGACAAAAGAGGACGGUCCUGUUCCACGUGCAGUCAUAGACAGCACUGAGUCAUUCACAAUGCUUCUUAUUCCAGAGAGUUCAAGAAUAGAUGCUGGCAAAUAUGAGCUUACCCUUGAAAACUCAGCUGGAAAGAAGAGCGCUGAUAUUCAUGUAAGAGUUUUAGAUUCACCUGGACCUCCUCUUAACCUAAAACCAAUAAAUAUUGACAAGGAAAGUAUUACACUUCAGUGGGAGAUGCCUCUCAUUGAUGGAGGAUCCAAGAUCACAAACUACAUAAUUGAGAAACGAGAAUCAACACGAAAGGCUUUUGCUACUGCAGUUACAAAAUGCCCAAACACUUCAGUCAGAAUUGGUGAAAUGGGUGAAGGUUGUGAAUACUACUUCAGAGUGUCUGCUGAGAAUGAGUAUGGAAUUGGUGAAGCAGUUGAAACUACUGAUCCAAUUCGUGCAUCCCAAGCACCGACUCCUCCAGACAGUAUCAUCCCUACUGAUAUCACAAAGAGCUCUGUAAGCCUGAUUUGGACCAAACCUAAACAUGAUGGUGGAAGCAGAAUCUCAGGAUAUGUUCUAGAAGCCAAGAAGAAGGGAACUGACCAAUGGGCCCAUGUUACAACAGUCAAGUCCAUGGACUUCACAGUGAAGAAUCUCAAUGAGAAUGAGGAAUAUGUUUUCCAUGUCAUGGCUGUCAACCAGUCUGGCAGAAGUCUUCCACGUGAGAGCAAACCCAUUAUUAUCAAAGAUUGUACAUCUCUUCCUGAGUUUGACCUACGAGGUGUAUGUCAAAAGACUGUUAUUGCCAAAGCUGGAGAUGACAUUAAAGUUGAAAUUCCAGUUAUGGGACGUCCCAGACCAACAAUCUCUUGGCAAAAGGAUGGAGCAGCCCUGAAACUCACACAAAGAUCUAAUGUAGAAACCACUUCUGCUACUACAAUUAUUACUAUCAAUGAAUGCACAAGAGCUGACAGUGGUCUGUAUACUAUGACAGCAAAGAACGUUGUUGGAUCUGUGACAGACAACAUAUUUGUCAAAGUACAUGAUGUGCCAGGGCCACCUAAAGGACCAGUUAAGAUUGUGGAAAUAUCUCGUACAUACUGUGUCUUUUCAUGGGAAACUCCAGAGAAUGAUGGAGGAGUUCCAAUAAACAAUUAUGUGGUUGAGCUUAGGGACACCACUUCCCAGACAUGGACUGACCUGUCUUCCUCUGUGAUACGUACGAUGUUCAAAGCAAUACGGUUGAAUACUGGAUCAGAGUACCAGUUCAGAAUAAAAGCUAAAAACAGAUAUGGUGUUGGACCUCCCAUCACAUCAGAAGCAGUAGUGGCUGCAUAUCCAUUCAAAGUACCUGGACCCCCUGGUACACCGAGUGUAGUUGCUUUCACCAAAGACUCAAUAACAAUUGGCUGGAAUGAACCAGUGUCCGAUGGUGGAAAUGAAGUCAUUGGUUAUCAUGUUGAGAGGAAGGAAAGAAGUAGCAUUAUAUGGCAUAAGAUCAGUAAGGGUAUUGUGACUGGAAAUAUAUUCAAGUCUACAGGACUUGAAGAUGGAGUGGCUUAUGAGUUUCGUGUCAUGGCUGAAAACAUGGCUGGAAUUGGUAAAUCCAGUAAAGCCUCUGAAGCAAUUCUGGCCUUGGACCCCGUAGACCCACCAAGUCAGCCGUUGCCAAUUUUAGUAAACAAAAAUGCCAUCACUAUUCAAUGGACAAAGCCUGAGUAUGAUGGUGGCUUUAAGAUCACUGGCUACACUGUGGAAAAGAGAGAGUUACCUGCUGGUCGCUGGAUCAGAGCUAACUUCACCAACAUUAUAGAGACAACAUUCACUGUCAGUGGGCUGACUGAGGACACAUCCUAUGAGUUUCGUGUUAUGGCCAGAAACUCAGCUGGAGCAGUGAGCAUGCCAUCUGAGCCCACUGAUUCGAUUACCUGCAAAGAUGACAUAAUUGAACCACGUAUCAUGGUUGAUGCCAUCUUUAGGGACACUGUUCUACUGAAAGCAGGGGAAUCCUUCAAGCUUGAAGCAGAUAUAGCUGGUCAGCCAACCCCAUCUAUGGUUUGGACAAAGAAUGGAAAGGAAGUUGAGAAUACAAUGAAACUUGAGGUUAGGUUCACUGAACUGACAACCACUCUAACAAACAAGGACUCUGUCAGACCAGAUGGUGGUGAAUUUGUUUUGACUGCCACUAAUGUUGGUGGUUUUGCAAAGCACAUUUUUAAUGUUAAAGUGCUUGAUAGACCUGGAGCACCAGUUGGACCUCUAAAGGUGUCUGAUGUAACUGCUGAUAAUUGUGUACUUACGUGGGCUCCACCAGCAGAUGAUGGUGGUGCCAAGAUUGAAGGAUAUGUGAUCGAGAAACGUGAAUCAAGUAGACUGGUUUGGACCAAUGUAGUUUCAGGCUUGCAGGUCACACAACACAAAGUAACUAAGCUUCUCAAAGGAAAUGAGUACAUCUUCAGAGUAAUGGCUGUGAACAAAUUUGGACUUGGUGAGUCUCUUGAAUCAGAACCUACUAUUAUAGAUAACCCGUAUGGGAUCUCAGAUCCACCUGAAAAUCCAGAAGUGACAGCUAUUACUAAAGAUUCAAUGGUUGUCAUGUGGCAAGCACCUAAGUGUGAUGGUGGAACUCCCAUUACAAACUACAUUAUUGAAAAGAAAGACAGAGCUGCACUUCGUUGGGUAAAGUGUAACACAAGAAAAGUCAAAGAUCUCCAGUUCAAGGCAACAGGCCUUGUUCCAGGACAUGAAUAUGAAUUUAGAAUAACUGCUGAGAAUGCUGCUGGACUAAGUACACCAAGUGUUCCCAGUUUGUUUUAUAAGGCCUCCGAUGCACUGUACAAGCCAGGGGCUCCAUGCAACCCUAGAAUUUUGGACACAACCAAGUCCUCAAUUACUGUUGCCUGGAACAAACCUGUAUAUAAUGGUGGCUCAGAAAUCACUGGUUAUAUUGUUGAGACCUGUAUCCCACAUGAGAAGGAAGAAGAGGAGGAAUGGUCAAUUGUGACACCCAAGGAUGGUCUCCUUGCAACCUCAUUUACUAUUACUAAUCUAAAAGAGAAUCAGGAGUACAAGAUUAAUAUAUCUGCAAUCAACAGUGAAGGAAUUGGAGAUGCAGCUUCUGUACCAGGAAAUCCCAAGGCAGAGGACAGACUUCUCCCACCUGAAAUUGACUUGGAUGCUGAUCUCCGCAAAGUGGUUAGUCUUAGAGCAUGUUGUUCUCUUAGACUGUUUGUGCCAAUUAGAGGCAGGCCAGCUCCUCAGGCUAAAUGGACUAAAGGUGAUGGUGAGACGAUAGAAAGGGCAACUAUUGACAGUACAUCAUCAUACACAUCACUUGUAAUUGAAAAUGUCAACAGAUUUGACAGUGGAAAAUAUAAUCUUAUGGUUGAAAAUAGCUCUGGCUCCAAAACCGUAACAGUCCAGGUCAGAGUUCUUGAUACACCAAGUGCUCCACAAAAUCUAAAAAUUACAUUGGUCACAAAUCAAGCAGUCACUCUAACAUGGGAUCCACCAGUAAAUGAUGGGGGAGUCAAGAUUAAGAACUAUAUAGUUGAAAAACGUGAGUCAACAAGGAAAGCAUAUGCCACAGUUAAUGCUAUUUGUCAUAACACCACCUUCACAGUUGACCAGCUCCUAGAGGGAUGCAAUUAUUAUUUUAGAGUUUUGGCUGAAAAUGAAUAUGGCAUUGGCUUGCCCAUUGAGACUGCUGAAUCAGUUAAAGUGUCUGAAAAACCACAGCCACCUGGCAAAAUCACUCUUAAGGACAUUACCAAAAACAGUGUGACUCUCUCUUGGGAGAAGCCAGAGCAUGAUGGUGGUAGCAGAGUGGGCUGUUACAUUGUUGAGAUUCAGCCUAAAGGUGUUGAUAAGUGGGCACAGGCUAUGAUUGUAAAGGAUACCGAAGCCACUAUCAGUGGACUAAAUGCAGGGGAAGAAUAUAUGUUCCGUGUAGCAGCCAAAAAUGAGAAAGGAACAAGUGACCCUCGUCAACUUGGUGUUCCUGUCAUAGUAAAAGAGCUUGUGAUUGCACCUGUUGCUAAAAUGUUGUUUAACACAUAUAGUGUGUUGGCAGGUGAAGAUUUGACAGUGGAAUUUCCAUAUGUAGCACGUCCUAAAGCAGCUGUCUCCUGGGUGAGAGAUGGUCAGCCUCUGAAGAGAACUACCAGAGUCAACUUUGGAGCAACUGACACAAAGCUGAACCUCACCAUUAAAGAGGCAACUAAAGAGGAUGUUGGUCAAUAUUUUGUUACUCUUAGCAACACAGCAGGAGAGACACAAGUGAAUGUUGGCAUUGUUGUUCUAGACAAACCAGGUCAGCCCAGUGGUCCUGUCAAAGUGGAGGAGGUCACUUCGGAUAGUAUAACAAUCUCUUGGAACCCACCAGAAUAUGAUGGUGGUUGCACAAUCAAAAACUACUUUGUGGAAAAGAGAGACACAUCCACAACUAAUUGGAUGGUUGUAUCUCCAAACCUUGCAAGGACAAAAAUUAAGGCUGGUAGGUUGAAGACUGGAUCUGAGUAUCAGUUUAGGAUUGCAGCAGAAAACAGAUAUGGAAAAGGACCAGUAAUUCUGUCAGAGUGUAUUGUGGCUCAGUACCCAUACAAGCUCCCAGGACCACCAGGAACACCAAACAUUGCUGCCGCUACUAAAGACAGCAUGGUUGUAGCCUGGAAUGAACCUGUGAAUGAUGGUGGAAGUGCUAUAUUGGGCUACCAUCUUGAACGCAAAGAGAGGAACAGCAUUUUAUGGGUUAAGCUAAACAAAUCUCUAAUUACUGAUCAGACCUUCAAGACGACAGGUCUAGAACCAGGAAUGGAGUAUGAAUACAGAGUUUAUGCAGAAAACAUUGUUGGAAUAGGCAAAGUGAGCAAAGUGUCUGAGGGGAAUAUUGCAAGGGAUCCUUGUGAUCCUCCUGGCACUCCAGAGGCAGUAAAGAUCAUUAAAGACUCUGUGACUAUUGUUUGGACCAAACCUGAGUAUGAUGGUGGUGCAAAGGUUACUGGCUACAUUGUGGAAAAGAAGGAGCUUCCUGAGGGUCGUUGGGUGAAAGCCAACUUUACUAAUGUCAUUGAGACAGAGUAUGUUGCAACUGGACUUGUGCAAAAUAACCAGUAUGAAUUCCGUGUCAUUGCCAGAAAUGCUGCUGGUGUUUUCAGUCUCCCCUCUUACAGUACUGGUCCUAUAACUGCCAGGGAUGAGAUUGAACCACCAAAAAUCAGUAUUGAUCCUGAGUACACACAGACUGUUGUGGUUAAUGCUGGAGACAAUUUCAAAAUUGAUGCUGAUGUUCAUGGCAAGCCACUACCCUCUAUUCACUGGAUAAAAGGAGAGCAGGAACUUGGCAACACCAUUCAUAGAGAAAUUAAAAAUGCAUCAACUAAAGCCUAUAUAAGUGUGAAAGAAGCCAAACUUUCAGAUGGAGGCCAAUACACUCUGCUUCUUAAAAAUCCAGGAGGAGAAAAGUCUGUACAAAUCAAUGUGAUUGUUUUAGAUAAACCCGGGGAACCACAAGGACCUCUGCUUGUUACCGGGGUAAGCAAGGAUCGCUGCUACUUAGUAUGGAAACCACCACUUCAAGAUGGUGGCAGCAACAUCUCUCACUACACUGUUGAGAGGAGAGAGACAAGCAGACUAGUCUGGACGGUUGUUGAUCCAAAAGUGGAUAAUACAUGUCUAAACGUUACUAAGCUCCUAGAAGGAGAUGAGUAUAUCUUCAGAGUCCGUGCAGUUAACCAGUUUGGAGUGGGUACACCACUUGAGUCUGCAGCUGUUUUAAUCAAGGAUCCAUAUGUAACACCUGGUUCACCAAAGAGCUUAGAAGUUUCUAAAGUUAAUAAAGAUUCAGUGGUGCUCAGCUGGGAGGCUCCUUCUGAAGAUGGAGGCAGUCCUAUAAUGGGAUACAUAAUUGAAAAACAUGACAAAGAAGGAGUAAGAUGGACAAGAUGCAACAGGCAAACAGUCACAGAUUUGACUUUCAAAGUAACUGGACUCCUGGAAAGUCAUAUUUAUGAAUUCAGAGUUGCAGCUGAGAACGCUGUAGGUGUUGGUGAUCCAAGUACUCCAACUGUAUUCUACAAAUGUCUUGAUCCCGUCUUUCGACCUGGCCCACCACACCAUCCAAAGGUCACUGACACAACAAAAUCCUCAGUAUUUCUAUCAUGGGGAAAACCUGCAUGCGAUGGAGGUUGCGAGAUUCAGGGAUAUAUUAUUGAGUACUGCACUGCCACAGAGAGAAGUGAGCAAGCUGAACCCACAGAUGCACCUGCUGAGGAAUGGAAAAUAUGUACACCACCUACAGGUGUUAAGACAACCAAAUUUGAAGUUGGAAAUCUGAAGGAAAAUCAGUCAUAUAAAUUUAGAGUGUGUGCUAUGAACAAGGUGGGAGUUAGUGAGCAUGCUGAUUUCUCUGGAGAUAUUGUGGUGCAAGAAAGGAAAGAAGAACCAGACCUUGACAUCGACCCAGAACUUAGAAAGAUUGUGACCAUCAAAGCUGGUACUUCCCUUAGAAUGUUUAUUCCAAUUAAAGGAAGACCCACUCCUACCAUCAAGUGGAACAAAGAUGAAGCUGCUCUCAAAGAGACUGCUCAGGUUGAGAUAACCAGCAGUUAUACAUCCCUUGUUAUUGAUAAAGUGAGCAGAUAUGACAGUGGAAAAUACACAAUAACUGCAGAAAACUCCAGUGGCACCAAAUCUGCAUUUAUUGUUGUCCGUGUACUUGAUACACCUAGUGCUCCUGUUAAUCUUAAAGUUAAGGAAAUUACAAAUCAGUCAGUGACACUGGGAUGGGAGCCACCUCUAUUGGAUGGUGGAUCCAAGAUCAAGAACUACAUUAUUGAAAAAAGAGAAAGCACACGUAAAACAUAUGCAGCUGUUAUAACAAACUGUCAUGAUCUGUCAUGUAAGAUUGAACCACUCCAAGAAGGUUGUAGUUACUACUUCAGAGUUCUUGCUGAGAAUGCUUAUGGUGUUGGCCUGCCCACAGCAACUUUAGACCCUCUUAAGGUUUCAGAAGUGCCCCAGUCCCCUAAAAAUUUGAUUGUUACAGAUCAAACUAAAACAAGUAUCUCCUUAGCAUGGGAAAAACCAGAAUAUGAUGGUGGUAGUAGAGUAAUGCAGUAUCUCCUUGAGGUUCAGUUGAAGGGACAUGAUAAAUGGUCUGGUGUGAACACAUUUAAGACCAUGGAGACCACUGUCUCAAAUUUGAACCCAGGACAGGAAUAUCUGUUCAGAGUUACUGCUAUCAAUGAUAAAGGAAAGAGUGACCCCAAAGUUCUUGCUGGUCCAGUGAUGACCAAGGAUUUGGUCUUUGAACCAGAUGUCCGUCCAGCCUUCAGCAGCUACAGUAUCCAUGUGGGCAAAGACAUGAACAUUGAUAUUCCCAUCUUUGGACGCCCUAAACCAACAGUCACGUGGACUAAGGAUGGAGCUCCUUUGAAGUUCACCACCAGAGUCAAUAUUCUCAAUACUGUAACACAUACAACAUUAAGCAUUAAGGAGGCAGCAAAUGAUGAUGGUGGCAUGUACUGUAUAAAUGCCAUAAACUCAGAAGGAAAGAAGGACACAGCGAUUGAAAUUAUUGUACUUGACAAACCUGGCCCUCCAUCUGGUCCUGUUAGAUUUGAUGAAAUCACAACACAGAGUGUCACCAUUUCAUGGAAUCCACCAAAACACAAUGGGGGGUGUCAAAUAUCUAACUACAUUGUUCAAAAGAGAGAUACUACCACAGCAUCGUGGGAGAAUGUGAACACCAACUGUGCCAGAACAACUAUCAAAGUUAUUAGACUGAAAACAGGAGCAGAAUACCAGUUUAGGAUCAUUGCCCAGAACCGCUAUGGAAAGAGUCAAGGUCUAGAUUCAUCAACUGUAGUUGCUCAAUACCCAUACAGAGAGCCAGGCCCACCAGGCACUCCUUUCAUUUCUUCUCUUUCUAGAGACCACCAGAUUGUUGAGUGGCAUGAGCCUAUCACAGAUGGAGGAAGUUCUGUUCUUGGCUACCAUCUAGAAAGGAAAGAGAGGAAUAGUAUUCUCUGGGUCAAAAUCAACAAGACUCUUAUUCACGAAACCAGAUUCAAGAGUCACCCACUGGAAGAAGGUAUUGAGUAUGAAUACAGGGUUUAUGCUGAAAAUAUUGUUGGCAUUGGCAGAAGUAGUAAGGUCUCAGAGGGUUGUGUUGCCCGUGACCCAUGUGAUCCACCUGGUACACCAGAGGCCAUCCGUGUGACAAAAGAUACUAUUGUUAUUCAGUGGACUAAACCAGAAUAUGAUGGAGGCAGUAAUAUCACUGGCUAUUUCAUAGAAAAGCGUGAUUUGCCAGAAGGCAGGUGGGUAAGGGCAAACUUCACUAAUGUGAUUGAGACCCAGUUUACUAUUACUGGACUAACUGAAAAUGCGCAGUAUGACUUUAGAAUUUUUGCUAAAAAUGCUGUUGGCACUGUCAGCAAGCCAUCAUACAACAGUGGACCUAUAACUGCAAGUGAUGAAGUGGAAGCACCUAAAUUUUCGAUUGAUCCUGCUUUUACCAAGACUAUCAUUAUUAAUGCAGGAGAGACAUUCAAGUUAGAUGCAGAUGUCCAUGGCAAGCCACUGCCUACAAUCCAGUGGUUUAAAGAUGAAAAGCCAGUUGAGAAUACACUCAGAAGGAAAAUCAAAAAUACAGAAAACCAUGCAAUGAUCGUCGUUAAGGACUCUGUUAGAAUUGAUGGUGGAACUUACACACUCCUCCUAACAAAUGAGGCUGGUAGUGAAACAGUUCCAUUCAAAGUUGUGGUUUUGGAUAGACCUAGCCCAUGUGAAGGACCCUUCCACAUCACAGGAGUAGCAGAAGAUAGAUGCACACUGACGUGGUGUGCACCUCUAGAUGAUGGAGGUAGUCCUAUUACACAUUAUAUCAUUGAAAGAAGAGAGACCAGCCGUCUUGCUUGGACUGUUGUUUCCAGCAGCUGUAAUACCACAUAUUACAAAAUUACCAAAUUACUGGAGGGCAAUGAAUACAUGUUCCGUGUAAUAGCAGUAAACUCUUAUGGUGUCAGCGAUCCACUUGACUCUUCUGCAGUUAUUAUGAGAAACCCAUUUGUUCCACCUGGUUCACCUCACAUUGAAGAUGUAUCUUAUAUUGCCCAUGAUGGCAUGACAAUCAGCUGGUCUUCCCCUGAAACUAAUGGAGGCAGUGAGAUUACUAACUACAUAAUUGAGAAGAAGGACAGAGCUGGAAUCAAAUGGACAAGAUGCAACAGACAUAAAGUUACUGAUCUCUCAUACAGAGUUACAGGCCUCACAACAGACCAUGAAUAUGAAUUCAGAGUAUCUGCUGAGAACAUAGUUGGAGUAGGAGAACCAAGCCUUCCCAGUUCAUAUUAUAAGGCCUCUGACCCCAAGUACAAACCUGGUGCACCAGCAUAUGUGAAUGUGAUUGAUUCAACAAAAUCUUCCAUUACCAUGUCAUGGGGUAAACCACUGUCUGAUGGUGGUACUGCCAUUCAAGGAUACAUUGUGGAAAUAUGCAAGGCUGAAGAGGAGACAUGGACCAUAGUUACUCCGCCUACUGGCCUGCGUGUCAACAAGUAUGAAAUUGCAAAACUUACUGAGGGCCAGGAGUACAAGAUACAAGUGUGUGCAUUGAACAAAAUUGGAGUUGGUGAGCCAGCUGUUCUUGCUGGAACUGCCAAACCUGAGGAAAGAGUGGAUCUACCACACAUCCAUCUUGACUCUGAGCUGAGGAAGGGCAUUACAGUGAAAGCUGGUGGGUCUGUUAGAAUCUAUGUUCCUUUCAAGGGCAGGCCAAUACCUGAGAUUAAAUGGACAAAGGAUGAGGGAGAUCUCUCUGAAAAGGCUGUUGUGGAGAAAGCUAUCAACUUCACACAGCUGUCAAUUGACUCAUGUGACAGGAGUGACUCAGGAAAAUACUCACUGACCUUGACUAAUAGUAGUGGUUCUGUCUCAGACUUUGUUUCAGUUAAGAUUUUAGACACACCAGGGGCCCCACAAAAUCUUGUGGUUAAAGACAUCAAAAAGGACUCUGUCAUUCUUACUUGGGAUGCCCCACUGAUUGAUGGAGGGUCGAAAAUCAAGAACUAUGUCAUUGACAAACGUGAAUCAACCAGGAAAGCAUAUGCAAAUGUAUCCACAAAAUGCUCCAAGACUGCAUUCAAAGUUGAAAAUUUGAUUGAAGGAGCUAUGUAUUACUUCAGAGUUAUGGCUGAAAAUGAAUAUGGAGUUGGCCAGGCUGUAGAAACCAAAACUGCUUCCAAAGCCUCCGAAGUACCAUUACCUGUUGGAACUGUUUUCCUGACUGAUGUCACCAAAACUACUGCCACUCUGACCUGGGAGAAACCUGAGCAUGAUGGAGGCAGUAGGAUCAGUGGCUAUCUGAUUGAGAUGCAACCAAAAGGCACCGAUAAGUGGGGAGUAGCAACAAACACAAAAACAUGUGAGGGGACUGUGACAGGUCUCACAGCAGGAACAGAAUACCUAUUUCGAAUUAUUGCAUACAAUGAGAAGGGAAAGAGUGAGCCAAAGGCACUUGCUGCACCAGUGAUUGCAAGCGACAUGACCAUGGAGCCAAGCAUUAGAAUGCAAUUUAACACUUACAGUGUGUUAGCUGGAAAAGAUCUUAAACUAGAGUUCCCUGUGCUUGGCAGGCCCAAACCUAAAGUAUCCUGGGCUAAGGACGGUCAAGCUUUCAAAGUGACAUCCAGAGUUAAUGUAUUCAACACUCCAUCAACAACUGGAAUUCAAAUUACAGAGGCAUGCAAAGAUGACUAUGGCAAAUAUUCUAUUGUUGCAACAAAUAGUGUUUGCACUAUUACUGAAGAUGUGACUGUCAUUAUCCUUGACAAGCCUGGUCCACCAAAAGGUCCAGUCAAAAUUAUUGACGUAAGCAACACCUUUGUCCAUCUUUCCUGGGAGCCCCCAGAAUACACUGGUGGAUGUCAAGUAAAUAACUAUAUAGUAGAAAAGAGAGAUACCACAACCUCAACAUGGCAGCCAGUUAUCACACAGCUGGCUAGAACAGCAUUCAAGGUUUCAAAGCUGAAGACUGGUGCAGAAUACCAGUUCAGAAUAAUUGCUGAAAACAGAUAUGGGAAAGGUGUGCCUCUUGACUCCAAGACCAUUGUGGUGCAAUAUCCAUACAAACCACCUGGGCCUCCAGGAACGCCAUAUGUAAAAUAUGCUACUAAAGAAAUGAUGAUUAUUGAAUGGAAUGAGCCGGUUAAUGAUGGUGGAAGUGCAAUCAUUGGUUACCAUCUAGAAAGUAAAGAGAGAAGCAGCAUCCUUUGGAACAAACUGAACAAGACUCGCAUAACAGACACUCAGUUCAAGAUCUGCAAUCUUGAAGAGGGUAUUGGAUAUGAAUUCAGGGUUUAUGCAGAAAAUAUUGUUGGCAUCGGAAGAUGCAGCAAAGUAUCUGAGUCUUUUGUUGCUCGUGACCCAUGUGACCCUCCCGGUGUUCCAGAAGCUGUGUCUAUUUCUAAGAAUCAGAUCAAGAUUCAGUGGACCAAGCCGCAGUAUGAUGGUGGCAGUAAAGUAAAUGGAUAUAUUGUAGAAAGAAAAGAUCUCUCCUCCCCUGAAGGGCGCUGGGUAAGAGCUAACUUUACCAACAUAAUUGAGACUGAAUAUACAGUCACUGGUCUGGCAGAGAAUGAUCAGUAUGAAUUUAGAGUUAUUGCUAGAAAUGUGGCCGGAGUUUUCAGUGAACCAUCAGACAGCUCUGGACCUAUCACUGCUACUGAUGAAGUAGAACCACCAAGGGCAUCAUUGGAUCCAAAAUACAUGGAUGUUAUUGUUGUCAAUGCUGGAGAGAGUUUGACUUUUGAUGCAGAUAUUUAUGGAAAACCAAUUCCUGAUGUUGUCUGGCUUAAAGAGGGCAAAGAAAUGGAGAAAGCCUUACGCAUUGAAGUUAAAACUACACAGAAACAGGCAGCUAUGGUUAUUAAGGAUGUAACUAAACUUGAUGGUGGUCACUAUGAUCUUGUUCUCAAAAAUCUUGGUGGUACAAAAGCUUUCCCUAUCACUGUUAAAGUUCUUGAUAGACCAGGUCCGCCCAUUGGACCCAUGAAGGUGACUGGUGUAAUGGCUGACAAAUGCAUUCUUGCCUGGUCUGAGCCAACUCUGGAUGGUGGGGCUAGUAUCAGUCACUAUAUUUUGGAGAAGAGAGAUACCAGCAGGUUGUCAUGGACAGUAGCUGUACCAAAUGUCAAGGGUCUGUACCAAAAAGUAACAAAUCUGCUCACAGGAAAUGAAUACAUUUUCAGAGUGAGGGCUGUCAACAAAUAUGGUGCUGGUGAUUAUCUUGAGAGUGAGCCCAUCAUUGCACGCAAUCCUUACAAGCCACCUAGUGCACCUGGAACUCCAGAAGCAAGUCAGAUUACAAAGGAUUCCAUAAUUCUGUCAUGGACAAUUCCAGAACACACAGGUGGAGUUGACAUUCAAGGCUACCAUCUUGAAAAGCGUGACAAAGAUAGUAUAAGGUGGACAAAAUGCAAUAGACAAAAGCUGACAGAAACCCACUUCAAGGUCACAGGUCUAACGACAGAUCACUUCUAUGAGUUCCGUGUUGCUGCUGAGAAUGAGGCUGGAAUAGGAGACCUCAGUGAGUUAUCACAUUUCUACAGAGCAUGUGAUGCCACAACACCACCUGGGCCUCCACAUCACCCUAAGGUGAUAGACUACACAAAGUCCUCUGUGUCUCUAUCCUGGGGUAAACCUGACUUUGAUGGUGGAGCCUAUAUCAAGGGCUACAUUGUUGAAAUGAGGGAGUAUACACCAGUCCCUGGAUCAACAGAGGAAGCAGAAGUAGCACCAGCAGUAGAGACACCUGUUGAAAAAGAAUGGAAUAUGUGUACGCCACCUACAGGUAUUCAAGCCACCAAACUCACCAUUACAGACUUGAAAGAGGGUGGAGAGUACCAGUUCCGUGUCUGUGCUAUCAAUUCAGAGGGUGUAGGGGAGGCUGCUAAUGUUCAUGGAACAGUAGUUACAUCUAGCAGAUCAGAGGCACCAGAGAUGGAGCUGGAUGCAGAUCUCAGAAAAGUGGUAUCUGUUCGUGCUGGUGGAACUUUACGUUUGUUUGUCACUAUAAGGGGAAAACCUGAACCUUCUGUGAAAUGGGAGAAAAUGGAGGAUACUCUUACAGAGCAUGCCACAGUUGAUACUACUAGUUCAUACACAAUGCUUGUCAUUGACAAUGUUAACCGCUUUGAUAGUGGAAAAUACUCACUGACACUUCAGAACAGCAGUGGUACAAAAUCUGCAGUUAUUUCAGUAAGGAUUUUGGACACACCAAGUCCACCACAAAACUUUGUUGUGAAGGAACUCAAGAAGGACUCAGUAACUCUUGCUUGGGAUACACCGCUCAAUGAUGGUGGUGCAAAAAUUACAAAUUACAUUGUUGAGAAAAGAGAGUCUGUUAGGAAGGCUUACACUACUAUCACCAGCAACUGCACAGCCAACUCAUUCAAGAUUGAAGACCUCCCUGAGGGUGGAAUUUUCUAUUUCAGAGUCUCUGCUGUUAAUACAUAUGGCCAAGGACAGAUGGUUGAAACCAAAGAAAUCAAAGUGUCUGAGGUACCUUUGCCCCCAAACAAAGUAUCUCUUGUGGAUGUGACAAAAAAUUGUGUCUCACUGGCCUGGGAGAAACCUACUCAUGAUGGAGGAAGCAAAGUAAUGUGCUACAAUGUGGAAUUCAAGCCUAAGACUGGUGAAAAAUGGGGCACAGCAUGCACAGUCAAAGUGCCAGAAGCAACUAUUUCUAAUUUGACUCCUAAUGAAGCAUAUUUAUUCAGAGUUAUAGCAAUCAACGAGAAGGGAAAGAGUGAACCUAAGGAUCUAGGUUUGCCUGUGGUUGCCAAAGACAUUGCAAUAGAACCGUCAAUAAAUUUACUGUUUAACACAUAUAGUGUGAAGGCUGGAGAUGACCUCACUCUUGAGAUUCCUAUAACAGGCAGGCCAAAGCCUGUUGUAUCCUGGAAAAAAGAUGGUCUUCCUUUGAAGCAAACAACAUCAGUGACCAUCUUAAAUGCUGUAACCUCAUCCAAAAUUAUCAUCAAACAAGCUAACAAAGAGCAUGUUGGCAAGUAUGAAAUCACUUUGGCCAAUACUGCAGGAACUGUAACAGCUGAUAUUGGAGUUGUUGUCCUUGACAAACCUGGUCCACCUAAAGGGUUUAAGGUGGAUGCUGUGACCUCAGACAGUAUUACAAUGUCCUGGUCCCAACCAGAAUAUGAUGGUGGGUGCUCCAUCAGUAACUAUAUAGUGGAGAAGAGAGACACAAAUACACAGGAAUGGCAGAUGGUGGCAAGUAACGUACCCAGAAUGUCUUUCAAAGCUGGUCGCCUGACACAUGGCGCAGAGUACCAAUUCCGCAUCUAUGCAGUUAAUCGUUAUGGAAAGAGCCCUGCCCUUGAUUCACCUGGAAUUACUGCUCAGUAUAACUUCAAACAACCUGGACCCCCUUCUACACCCAUUGUGAAACUGGCAACUAAGUCAUACAUGUUGGUGACCUGGAAUGAGCCAGUCAGUGAUGGUGGCAGUCCUGUUAUAGGCUAUCAUCUAGAGAAGAAGGAACGUUCUAGCAUUCUUUGGACAAAGAUGAACAGAGGAAUGAUCAAAGACACAGAAUUUAAAGUCGCUGGUCUUGAAAGUGGAAUGAUGUAUGAAUAUCGUGUCUAUGCUGAAAAUGUUGCUGGUAUUGGUAAAUGCAGUAAAGCCUGUGAACCUGUUGCAGCCAGAGAUCCAUGCGAUCCUCCAGGAACACCUGUGGUUACUGCGAUUACAAGAACAUCUGUCUCCUUAUCUUGGGAUAAACCAGAAUAUGAUGGUGGAGCAAAGGUUUCUGGCUAUAUAGUUGAGCGUAGAGACCUUCCUGAAGGACGAUGGACAAGAUGCAACUUUACCAAUGUGCCUGAGACCCAUUAUAAUGUGACAGGCCUUACAGAGAACAGCCAGUAUGAUUUCCAUGUCAUCGCAAAGAAUGCAGCUGGACAGUUUAGUAUACCAUCAGAAAACACAGGGCCCAUCACCGUAAAAGAUGAUGUAGAUCCACCACGUAUCAUGAUGGAUGUCAAAUUUAGAGAGACUGUCUUUGUGAAAGCAGGAGAAACUCUAAAGAUUAAUGCUGAUAUUGCUGGACGUCCAGCCCCUCUCGUCUGCUGGACCAAGGAUGGAAAAGAGAUUGAGCUAAGAGCCAGGAUCCAGAUUGUUUCAAAUGAUUCAAGCACUUACAUAAUUGUGAAGGACUGUAUCAGAAGAGAUUCUGGACAGUAUGUCCUGACUUUACAGAAUAUCACUGGAACAGUCACCAUGCCAAUAAAUUGUGUGGUUCUAGACAGACCUGGACCCUCAGCAGGCCCUCUUCAGAUCACUGGUCUCACAUCUGAGGAGUGCACCCUGUCAUGGGGUCCUCCUCAGGAAACUGGUGGUGCUAAAGUCACUCAUUAUGUUGUUGAAAAGCGUGAGACCAGUCGUUUGGCAUGGACAUUAGUUAAUGGAGAGGUCACAAAAACCUACUUUAAAGUCACAGGUCUGCUCAAGGGCAAUGAGUAUAUCUUCAGAGUUUUGGCUGUCAACAAGUAUGGACAGGGAGAGGCCAUGGAAAGUGAGACUAUAAAAGUUACUGACCCAUACACAUUACCGACUGCUCCAGCUAGUGUUGAUGUGAUAUCUAUAACUGGAGAUUCAAUGACUCUCACAUGGUGUAAACCAGCCAAUGAUGGAGGUAGUCCAAUAACUGGAUAUGUGAUUGAGCGUCGUGAAAAGACAAGCAUGCGUUGGGUUAGAGUGAACAGAGAUCCAGUUGUUGAGUGUUCUGCUGUAAUGACAAAACUUCGAAAGGGUUGUGAGUAUGACUUCAGAGUCUAUGCUGAAAAUGCAGCUGGUGUGAGCCCUCACAGUGAACCAUCUGCAACAUUUAGAGCACUUGAUCCUCAUGUUGUUCCUUCUUGCCCAUCCAAACCAAAGGUUGUGUAUUCCACUAAAGACAGUGUGUCUAUUGUCUGGAAACCACCAAUAAAUGAUGGUGGUGCACCCAUUUUAGGAUAUAGUGUAGAAUACAGAGAAUUUAUACGCAAACCAGAGCCAGAGGUUGAGGAAGAAGAGGAAUAUGAUGAGGAAGAGGAACCAGAAUCACCUGAAGAACUAGCAAGAUGGGUUGAAACUAUUCCUCUUACAAAGAGCUUGGAAUUCACAAUCACUGGAUUAAAGACAGAUGCAGAAUAUGAAUUCUGUGUGAAGGCAAUAAACAAAGUUGGAAGCAGUGUUCGUAGCCGUUAUUCAGACCCAGCUGCAGCAGCAGACAGAACUUCGGAACCAUCGUUUGAUGUUAAUAUUGAGAUGCGGAAAGUUCUUAUUGUAAAACAUGGUACAUCAUUUACACUGAAAGUGCCAUUUAAAGGAAAUCCUGUGCCAUCUGCUGAAUGGGUUAAGGAGGGUGUUGAUCUAAAAGUAAGAGGAACCAUUGAAUCUACAGAAUCCAGCACUUCAUUAACUAUUGAGAAGUCUACAAGAAAUGACUCUGGAGAAUACAAUGUCACUAUUGAAUCACCACUGGGCAAGGCAACAUUGCCCAUGGUAGUGAAGGUGCUGGACUCCCCCGGACCCCCAGUCAAUGUAAAAGUUUCAUCUGUAACCAGGGAUUCAGCAACUCUCAUGUGGGAGGCUCCAGAAAACGAUGGUGGAGAUGCAGUAAAAGCCUAUCAUGUGGAGAAACGUGAGGCAAGUAAGAAAGCCUGGAUAUCUGUUACCAGCAACUGCCAUGCUUUGACUUACAAGCUGGAAGAACUGCAGGAGGGAGCUGUCUAUUAUUUCAGAGUUAUUGCAGAAAAUGAACAGGGCGUUGGUGUACCUCAAGAGGCAAAGGCUGGAACAAAGAUUACAGAGGUACCAAGUCCACCCAUGAAACUGGGAGUUGCAAAUGUUACCAAGGACUGUGUUACCAUUGCAUGGACAAGACCAGAGUACGAUGGUGGAAGUAGAGUCACUGGUUACCUCAUUGAUGCCCUGGAGAAAGGACAGACCAAGUGGGUGAAAUGUGCCACUGUAAGGACCAUGACUCACACCAUCAAGAGCCUGAGAGAAGGAGCUGAGUACUUCUUCAGGGUUCGUGCUGAAAACCAUGCUGGACUCAGUGAACCCAAGGAGAUGAUUGUUCCAGUUAUUGUCAAGGAGAUACAAGAAUCAGUCAUGGUUAAGCUUCCAUACACUAUCCCAGGACCUCCAUCCACACCAUGGGUUGGCUUUGUUUCCAGAGAGAGUCUGACAGUUUGCUGGAAUGAGCCAGUCAGUGAUGGUGGAAGUCCUGUGAUUGGAUAUCAUCUGCAGAUGAAGGAGAGGAGUAGCAUCCUUUGGCAGAAGGUCAAUAAAACAGCAAUUCCAGGAAACCAGUGGCGAGUCACAAACAUCUGUCCUGGCCUCAUCUAUGAGUUUAAGGUGGCAGCAGAAAAUGCAGCAGGAAUUGGCAAGCUGAGCAAAACCUCUGAAGAGGUGCUUGCUAUUGAUGCUUGUGAGCCCCCAGCAAAUGUUCGUAUCACAGAAGUCACCAAGAACUCUGUCAGCCUGGCCUGGCAGCGACCUCCAUACGAUGGAGGCAGCAAGAUUACUGGCUACAGUGUGGAGAGGAGAGAAGCUUCUAAUGGCAGAUGGGUGAAGGCCAACUUUUCAAACAUCAUUGAGAUGGGCUUCACUGUGUCUGGACUAAGCCAAGAUGAAUCAUAUGAGUUCAGAGUGUUUGCCAAGAACGCUGUUGGAUCAGUCAGUGGCCCAUCUCUCAUUGCUGGCCCAGUCACCUGUGUUGAUGCAUGUGGUGCCCCAUUUAUUGAUCUUCCUCCUGAGUAUCUUGAUGUGGUUCAGUACAAGGCUGGGGCUUCAGUAAAACUCAGAGUAGGCAUCAUUGCCAAGCCUCUGCCAACAAUAGAGUGGCUUAAGGAUGAAAAGGAGCUGGUAACAUCUUCCACUGUGUCUGUUGAAAGCACAACAGAUUCCUCUGCUGUUCUGAUCAAGGAUGCAACUCGCAUGCACACAGGCUCAUAUGAGAUCAAGAUUAAAAAUGUUCUGGGAUCUGCAUCUGCAACGAUUGGGAUUGAAAUUCUAGAUAAACCUGGACCCCCAGCAGGUCUCAUUAAUUUCAACUCGGUUGCAGCAGACAGAAUUGUCUUUAGCUGGGAACCUGUACCAGUGUCUGAUCAGGGAGGUUCUAAAGUGACCCACUAUAUUGUUGAGAGGCGCGAAACUAGCAGAGUAGUCUGGUCAACAGUUUCAGAUAAACAUGAGCAAACACACAUCAGUGUUGGAAAGCUGGUGCGUGAAAAUGAAUAUGUAUUCCGUGUCAUGGGUGUCAACAAGUUUGGAAUCGGAGAGCCACUCGAGUCUGAGCCCAUCAUUGCUAAGAAUGCAUUUGUAACUCCUGGCCAACCACAUACUCCAGAAGUGAAUACCAUUACCAACUCCACCAUGCUGGUGGAAUGGGCUAAACCAGGUGUAGAUGGUGGCAGCACUGUGACUGGCUAUUACCUGGAGAAACGAGAUAAAAAGAGCUUGCGUUGGAUCAGGGUUUAUAACAAACCUAUCACUGACACCAAACAGAUGGUGUAUCACCUGACAGAAGGAAAUGAAUACCAGUAUCGUGUCUGUGCCAUUAACAAAGCUGGUGAGGGGCCAUUCUCUGAUGCAUCAGAUUACUAUAAGGCCGCUGACCCAGUUGAUCCACCAGAUGUGCCCUGCAAGCUGAAGGUUGUGGACUCCACCAAGACAUCCAUCACUUUGGGUUGGUCCAAACCAGAAUGGAAUGGAGGCAGUGAGGUCAUCAGCUACAUGGUGGAGAAACUUGUUGAAGGAGAGAAAGAAUGGGCCAUGAUUACUUCUAAGGGAGAGGUCAAAACAACAGAGUACACAGUUCAUGAUCUAAAACCAAACGUAAACUACUUCUUCAGAGUCUCUGCUAUAAAUUGUGCUGGCCGUGGAGAGUCUCUGGAGAUGAUUGAUCCUGUGCAGGCCAAGGAUAUUCUAGAGGAAGCCCAAAUUGACUCAGAUGUUGCCAUGAGAACUCACUAUAUCAUAAAGGCUGGAAAAGAUGUUGAGCUGUCUGUUCCUUUGAAGGGUAGACCUGCUCCCACUGUUUCCUGGAGCAAAGAAGAAGAAUGCAUAGAUCGCAAUCCCAAAUAUGAGUUCCACCACUCAGACUCAACCACAGUACUCGUUAUGCGUGAAGUGACCAAGCUUGAUACUGGAAAGUACACAGUCAAAAUAGAGAAUGGUGUGGGAGAACCUAAGACACUGACUCUCUCAGUGAAGGUCCAGGACACCCCAGCUCAAUGUAGGAACCUGGUUCUGAAGGAUGUGACCCGAGGAACGGUCACACUCUGCUGGGAACCUCCACUCCUUGAUGGUGGUGCUGAGAUCACAAACUACAUUGUUGAGAAAAGAGAUUCCUCUAAAAGAUCAUACUCUGCAGUGACAAACAAAUGCACUAAUACUAGAUACACCAUUGAAGAUCUUUCAGAAAAGACAUCAUUUUUCUUCCGUGUCUUAGCUGAGAAUGAGAAUGGUAUUGGUGAUCCAUGUGAAACGCCAGAGCCAGUGAAGGCCACAGAGACUCCAGGACCAGUCAAGGAAAUUUCAAUGAAAGAUUCAUCUAAGACCUCUGUCACUCUACAGUGGCUAAAGCCUGAUUAUGAUGGUGGCAGCAUCAUCUCUGACUACAUAAUUGAGAAGAAGCUAAAAGAUGAGGAGUGGUCAUUAGGAGGAGUCAGCAGACAGUGUGAGUUUGAGGUGAAAAAACUGAAGGAACACUCUGAAGUGUUUUUCAGAAUUGCAGCCAGGAAUGAGAAAGGCCAGGGUGAAUUUGUUGAGCAUGGACCCAUCAAGGUUAUUGACUACAUUAUCACUCCAGAUGCAGACCUUAGAGAGUAUCCAGAUGGUAGCAUCAGUGUUCGUUUGGGUCAUAAUGUUCACAUUGAGCUGCCAUACAGAGGCAAGCCCCGACCAUCUGUUCAGUGGUUAAAGGAUAGUCUGCCUCUGAAAGAAAGUGACCAAGUACGCUUUAAGACAACAGGAAACAAAGCCACUCUCAUGAUUAAAAAUGUGAAAAAGGAAAAUGAGGGUAAAUAUACUCUGACCCUUGAUAAUAAGGUAAACAGGAAAUCCUUCCACAUGCAUGUCAAUACUCUUGGACCACCUUCAAAGCCUAUUGGACCCAUCCGCUUGGAUGAAGUGAGAGCUGAAAGUAUCAUGAUCUCCUGGGAUGAACCUAAUGAUGAUGGUGGUGGAAAUAUCACUUGCUACACUGUGGAGAAACGAGACACCUCAAAGUCUGACUGGAAGAUGGCAUGCUCCAGUGUAGUGGACACUCAGUUUAGGGUCCCUAACUUGAUUAAGGGUGUCCAGUACCAGUUUAGAGUGUGUGCUGAGAACAGAUAUGGGAUCAGCGAGCCUCUAGUUUCACAGAUGGUUAUUGCCAAGCACCAGUUCAGGCCUCCAGGUCCACCAGGCAAGCCAGUUGUUUACAAUGUUACCAAUGAUGGCAUGACAAUCCAGUGGGAAAAGUCAAUUUAUGAUGGUGGAACCCCAAUCCAGGGAUAUCAUGUGGAGAAGAAGGAAAAGAACAGCAUUAUGUGGCAAAAAGUCAAUACUUUGUUGAUUAAAGACACAGAUUACAGGAUUCUGGAGCUCAUUGAAGGCCUUGAAUACUCUUUCAGAGUUUAUGCUCAGAAUGAUGCUGGCUUCAGCCGAAUAAGUGAUGAGAGCAAGCCAACAAUGGCUGUUAGUCCUGUUGAUCCUCCUGGCCAACCUGACUACACUGAUGUAACCAGUGACUCAGUGGCACUCAAAUGGGAUGCACCUAAACGGGAUGGUGGAAGCAAGAUCACUAGUUACAAUGUUGAGAAACGUCAAGGGCAUGGUCGCUGGUUCAAGGCCAACUUGACAGAUGUGCACGACUGUCAGUAUACUGUCACAGGGUUAGCAACAAAUGAACGUUACGAGUUCAGGGUCAUUGCUAGAAAUGCCAUUGGUGUUGUUAGUCCCCCAUCCAACUCAUCUGGAUUAAUUGCCGUCCGAAGUGAAAAUGCUCCUCCAAACAUUGAGUUUGGCCCAGAGUACUUUGAAGGUUUGACAGUAAAAGCAGGAGACAACAUCAGGCUGAAGGUGACCAUCACUGGGCGCCCAGUUCCCAAGGUUGUCUGGUAUAGAGAUGGCAUAGUGAUUACCAAAAAUAUGAUGGACAUUAUUACUGUUCCUGGAUCCAGUACUGUGUCAAUCAGAGAUGCUGAUCGUACACAUCGUGGCCUCUACACCGUAGAAGCUACUAAUGGAUCUGGAACUAAGAAGGAGGGCAUUCUUGUUCAAGUCCAAGACACACCUGGGGAGCCAGUAGGACCAAUCACAUUCAGUAAUAUUUCAGAAGGCAAAUGUACUCUGUCUUGGAACCAACCAGACAAUGAUGGCUGUUCUGAGAUUUCACAUUACAUCAUUGAGAAACGAGAGACUGCCAAGAUUUCUUGGGCCCUAGUAUCCGAUGAAUGUAAGGGGUGUGCCUUUAAUGCUACCAAGCUCAUCAAGACCAAUGAGUACCAGUUCAGGGUCUCUGCAGUUAACAAGUUUGGAGUUGGCAGACCUUUGGAAUCAAGCCCCAUUAUAGCACAGAUGCAAUAUACAACUCCUGAUGCUCCAGGAACUCCCGAUGCCACUGAAGUGUCAGGAGAGAGUAUCACCCUCUCAUGGACUCCGCCAACAUCAGAUGGAGGAAACCCCAUACAGUAUUACAUUGUAGAAAAACGAGAAAAGAAAACUGUUCGUUUCUACAAAGUGAUUACCAAGAAACCAAUCACUGAAUGUGCUCACAAGGUGCUUAACCUGACAGAAGAUAUGGAAUAUGAGUUCCGUGUCAUGGCUGUCAAUGAUGCUGGUACUGGUGCUCCAAGCAACAUCUCUUUGCCUAUCAAGGCUGCUGAACCUAAAGAUAUUCCAUGUGCUCCAUCUGUGGUCUGUGUGUCAGACUCCACAAACACCUCCAUUAGCUUGGAAUGGAGCAGACCUGUAGAUGAUGGUGGCAUGGAAAUCCUUGGCUACAUUAUUGAGAUGGUGAAGGGAGAAGAAACUGAGUGGAAAAAAGCAAAUGAGGAGCUUGUAGCUGAAACAAAUUACAUGGUUGCCGGCCUAAAGACAGGCGCUGAGUACAAGUUCCGUGUUGCAGCUCUCAAUCAUAUAGGAAAAGGUGAAUACAAAGAGAUCCUGGAACCUGCACAGGCUGUUGACAGGUUAACACCACCACAGGUGGAUAUUGAUGCCACUUUUAAACAGACACACAUUGUCAAGGCUGGAGGAUCUGUAUGUUUGGGCAUCCAUUUCAGAGGAAAACCCAUUCCUGCUGUUACUUGGGUGAAAGAAGAAGGCGAGUUGAGUAUAUUGUCUGCAAUUGCAACUAUGGAUGGUUACAGCUCUUUAAGUAUUGAAAACUGCACAAGAUAUGACACAGGCAAAUACACUGUUAAUCUGGAAAAUGCUAGUGGCAGUGAGGCCAUUACAUUUGUGGUUAAAGUGAUGGACACUGCAGGACCUCCACAGGCUGUAGCUUUGAAAGAAGUCUGCAGAGGCUCAGUCACAAUUACCUGGGAGCCACCUGUCAAUGAUGGUGGAGCUCGAAUUCAUCAUUAUAUUGUUGAAAGACGUGAAGCUAGCCGUCGCACUUGGCAACAAUCUGGUGGAAAAUGCACAAAGUGUAUCCUCAAGAUGCAGGACCUGCUGGAAGGAGUACCAUAUUUCUUCAGAGUCUCAGCUGAAAACCAGCAUGGUAUAGGUGAGCCAUUUGAGCUUACAGAGCCGGUCGUUGCCACUGCAGAGCCAGCAUCUCCAAAAAGACUAGACAUUUUGGACACCACAGACAACUCUGUGUCCCUUGGCUGGCUGAAGCCAGAGCAUGAUGGUGGCAGUCGCAUCCAAUGUUAUGUCAUUGAGGCUAGGGUGAAGGGUACAGACAAAUGGGUAGUGAUUGGUAACACCAAGAAUCUUACCUAUGUAGUUGAAAAGCUCAAUAAGGGUGAUGAGUAUGACUUCCGUGUGAAAGCUAAAAAUGAAUCUGGCUACAGCAUGCCCAAGGAAACUCUGGCUCCUGUGCUGGUCAAAGAGCCUCACAUUGAACCUGCUGCUGACCUCAGUGAGAUUGCCAACCAACUCAUCACUUGCAGAUCUGGUAGCACCUUCACCAUUGAUGUACCUAUCAGUGGUAGACCUGCUCCUAAAGUCACCUGGAAGUUGGAAGAAAUGAGGCUUAAGAACUCAGACAGAGUCAGCAUCAAAGUAACAAAGGAUAGAGCCAGUAUCUCUGUCAAGGAGGCCAUGAGAGGGGAUGGAGGUAAAUAUUACCUGAUCCUAGAGAAUGUUGCAGGAACCAAGACAUUUACUAUUGAAGUUAACGUCACAGGCAGACCCAGUCCUCCAGCUGGACCCAUUGAAAUUUCUUCCAUCACUUCUGAGUCCUGUGUUGUUAACUGGCAACCACCUGAGGAUGAUGGUGGCACUGACAUCACCAACUACAUUGUUGAAAAACGCGAGUCUGGUUCUACAGCUUGGCAGUUGAUCAACUCCAGCGUGAAGCGCACAUCUCUACAUGUUAGUCACCUGACCAAAUACAUGCAGUACACAUUCAGAGUUUCUGCUGAGAACCAGUUUGGAGUCAGCAAGCCCACAGAGUCUGAGACGAUUGUUGCAGAGCAUCCUUUCUCACCUCCAGGCCCACCAACUAGACCCUUAGUCUUUAAUGUCACAGCAAACACAAUGACCCUAAAAUGGGAGGAACCUUACCAUGAUGGUGGAAGCAAGGUGACAGGUUAUUGGAUUGAGAAAAAAGAGAGGAACAAUAUAUUGUGGGUGAGAGAAAACAAGAUCCCAUGCUUUGAGUGUUACUACAAAGCAGAAGGCCUAGUUGAAGGCCUAGAAUACCAGUUUAGGAUUUAUGCCAUGAACAGUGCUGGACUCAGCAAAGCCAGUGAGGCCUCCAAGGGAGCAGUUGCUCAAAACCCAGUUGAUCCACCAAGUAAACCUGAAGUCACAAAUGUUACAAGAACCACUGUUUCACUGAAAUGGGCUGCUCCAUUGAAUGAUGGUGGAAGUCCCAUUCUGGGCUACAUCAUUGAGCGUAAGCCAUACACUUUGACGGGUGAGGGUCGCUGGCUCAAGUGUAACUACACCAAUGUGACUGACAAUGCCUACACUGUAACGGCCUUGGGAGAGGGAGAGGCCUACGAGUUCAGGGUCAUUGCCAAGAAUGCCAACCAGGUCUUCAGCACACCAUCUGAAUCAACAGGAUCUGUGCAGUGCAAGACUGACUUUGAGCCUCCUAAAGCUCAACUGGACAGCAAACUCCUAUCUGAAACAGUAAUGGUUAGAGCUGGUUCAGACCUGGUUCUGGAUGCUGCAGUUGGAGGCAGACCUGACCCCAAGGCUUUCUGGUCUAAAGGAAACCGGGAACUGGAUUUGUGUGAGAAAUACCAUCUGCAGUACACUCCCCGCAGGGCUAUGGCAAUCAUCAAAUUCUGUGACAGAGACGACACUGGAAAAUACAUCCUGACAGUCAGGAACGUAAGUGGAACUAAGACUGCAGAAGUCAACGUUAAAGUGCUUGACACACCUGGAGUGUGUGAAGGCAGCAUUGAGAUAAGCAAGAUAACAGAGGAGUCAUGCACACUGAGCUGGAAACCUCCUCUGGAGGACGGCGGUGAUGAGGUCACUCACUACAUUGUAGAGAGGCGUGACACCAACAGACUCAACUGGGUAAUCAUGCAUGCUGAGUGCAAGGAGCUGACGUGCAACAUCACCUGUCUGUUCAAGAACACAGAGUACUUGUUCAGAGUACGUGGAGUCAACAAGUAUGGUGCCGGCGUGUAUCUCCAGUCACAGCCAAUGGUGGCCAGAAACACAUUCACUAAGCCCAGUCCUCCUGGAGUCCCAGAGAUCCUCGCAUCAGGAAAAGACUUUGCCACUAUUGAGUGGUUAAAGCCAGAGAGUGAUGGCGGCAGCCCAAUAAUCCAUUUCCUGGUGGAAAAACGUGAACGAAAGAGUGCCCGUUGGGUAAAAGUGAACAGGGAUGGUACCCAUCUGGACACCAUUCUGAAGGUGUCCGGUUUAAAUGAAGGCAAUAUUUACCAGUUCAGAGUUACAGCUAUCAACAAGGCUGGCGACAGUGAGCCCAGUGAGGUCUCACUGUAUGUUGUCUGCAGAGUGCCAACAAGCACCCCUGCUCCUCCUUCUAUUCCUCGUAUCACUGACACCCAUGCUGACAACAUCAGCCUUGCCUGGUCUCGACCUGUGGAAGACGGAGGUGCUGAUGUCCUCGGCUACAUUUUGGAGAUGCAGGAAGCUGGAGCAGAGGAAUGGAAGAAGGUCCAUGAAAAGACCCUGCGUGCCACAGAGUAUUUGGCAACUGGACUUUCAGCUGGCAAGAAGUACCGCUUCAGAGUGGCCGGUAUUAAUGUCAAUGGAACAGGAGAUUUCAGUGAACCAUGUGCUGAGACUGAGCCAGUGGAGAGAAUUGAACCUCCAGAUUUUGAGCUCCACGAUGACCUCAAAAAGACAAUCUGCUUGCGUGCUGGUGGCUCUCUCCGUCUAUUUGUUAAUGUCACUGGGCGUCCAGUUCCUACCAUCACUUGGACCAAACCUGGUGUUGAUCUCCAAAACAGAGGCUUCAUAGAGGUUACCAAGGCAUCCACCACACUCAUCAUUGACAAGGUCCACCGUUAUGAUGCUGGAAAGUACACGCUAGUGGCAGAGAACUCAGCUGGAAAACAAGAAAUCAGUAUUCUUGUCAAGGUCUAUGAUACACCUGGACCAACUGGACCAAUCAAAAUCAAAGAGCUCACAAAGGACACUGCCACAAUCUCUUGGGAAGCCCCAACUGUGGAUGGUGGUGCCCCCGUUAACAACUACAUCAUUGAGCGGCGUGAAGCUUCUAUGAGAGCCUACAAGACUGUCACAUCAAAGUGCAGCAAAACAUCAUAUAAGAUUGAUGGUCUGCUGGAGGGCAUGCUAUAUUACUUCUGCGUCCUCCCUGAAAAUAUUUACGGCAUUGGUGAACCCUGUGAGACUCCAGAUGUCGUCCUGGUUUGUGAGGUGCCUCUCCCACCACAAAAGCUGGAGGUGAUUGAUGUGACAAAGAGCACGGUCACCCUGGGCUGGGAAAAGCCAGAGCAUGAUGGUGGCAGCAGGCUGACAAGCUACAUGAUUGAAGCAUGCAAGUUUGGCACUGACAAGUGGAUGAAGGUGGCUACACUGAAACUCACAGAUUUUGAGCACACCAUUGAAAAGCUGAAUGAGAAUGAGCAGUACUUGUUUAGAAUUAAAGCCAUCAACAGCAGAGGAGCCAGCAAGCCCAAAGAGCUUGUUGCUGCUGUCACUGUGCAAGAACAAAGAGUGAUGCCUGAAGUGGAUUUGUCUAGUAUUCCUCAGAAAGUUGUUAAUGUUCUUGCUGGUAAGACCCUGGAAGUGGACCUGCCAAUCAUUGGCAGACCUCCUCCCAUAUGUGCCUGGUACUUUGGUGACAACAAGCUAAAAGUCACAGAUCGCGUGAAGAUCAAGAGCACUGGCAAGUUUUCCAAACUGACUGUGUCUGACACCACCAUUGAUGACAGUGGUGACUACACUUUGGAAGUGAAAAAUGCUGUUGGGGUCAUCACUGAGGUCAUAAAGGUCGUCAUACUCUCUAAACCCGAUGAGCCAAAGGGACCCAUCAGGUUUGAAGAGAUUGAUGCCACCACUGUCACCUGCACCUGGGAUCCUCCAGUCAGAGGUGGCGGAGCUCCCAUCAGUGGUUACCUAGUUGAACAGCGUGAUGCUCACAGACCUGGCUGGGUUCCUGUCUGUGACUCUGUUAGCCGUCCAAUGUUCAGGUUUGAGAACCUAAUUGAGGGAGAUGAGUAUGUCUUCCGUGCAGCUGCUACAAAUCGCUAUGGCACUGGAGAGUACCUGCAGUCUGAGAUUGUUACCUGUAGGAGCCUGAAGAAUGUGCCUGGACCUCCUGGUCGUCCAGUCGUCUUUGAUGUAUCUCGGGAUGGAAUGACUGUGGCCUGGGAAACACCAGAUGAAGAUGGUGGUCUUGAAGUUUCUGGAUAUAUCAUUGAGCGAAAAGAAGUAAGAGCUGACCGAUGGGUACGUGCCAACAAGAACCCUGUGACCAUGACCAGGUAUAGGUCGACUGGGCUGAUUGAAGGGUUGGAGUACGAACACAGAAUCACUGCCAUUAAUGCAAGAGGAAUAAGCAAACCAAGCCUUCCUUCCAAACCAGCAGUAGCAACUGAUCCCAUUGAUCCCCCUGGUUGUCCUCAAAACCCAAGAAUCACUGAUACUACCAAGUCCUCUGUAUCACUGGCUUGGAAUCCUCCUGAUGAUGAGGGAGAUGCCAGAGUGGAUGGGUAUCUGAUUGAGAUGCAGAAGGUGGGUACAUUGGCCUGGAUCAAGUGCAACACCACACCAUCUCUAAUCUGUGAGUACACGCUGACCAACAUGCCACAAGGAGAAGAGUUCAAAUUUCGUGUGAUGGCAUGCAAUGCUGGUGGCUCUGGAGAACCUGCUGAAGUACCUGGAACAGUCAAAGUAACAGAGAUGCUUGAACCUCCUGACUAUGACCUGGAGCUGAAAUACAAAGACCUGUACGUGGUUCGUCAUGGAGGAGUGGUUAGACUCUCUGUACCCAUUAAAGGCAAACCCCUUCCCACUUGUAAGUGGUUGAAGGAUGGUGGUGCUAUCUCCACCAGAGCUAUGAUUGCCUCCACUGAGGAUGCUAGUGAGCUGGUGAUCAAAGGAGCAGAAAGGGAUGAAUCUGGUCUGUAUGAGCUCAUGUUGGAGAAUAAGGUUGGCAAGAAGAAAGCACAAAUUAAAGUCAAGGUCAUUGGCCGCCCAAGUGCCCCAGAGGGACCAAUGAUCUUUGAAGAGAUCCAAGCCAAUUCUGUCAAGGUUUCAUGGAAGCCACCUACAAAUGAUGGUGGCUCAGACAUCCUUGGUUACAUUGUAGAAAGACGUGAAUCAGCCAGAAAUGCCUGGUACACUGUGGACUCUAGAGUGACUGAGACUCAGCUCAUUGUUAAGGGCCUAAAAGAGGGAACAGAGUACCACUUCAAGGUUACAGCUGAAAACUCCUUUGGUAUUAGUGGAUCUCUAAAAUCAGAAGAACCACUGAUACCCAAGACUCCUCUCUGUCCACCAGAGCCUUCAAGUGCUCCACCUGAGAUCAUGGAUGUCACCAAGAGUUCAGUGGCACUUGCCUGGUCCAGACCAAAGGAUGAUGGUGGUUCUGCCAUCACUGGCUAUUUUGUUGAGUAUAAAGUGGUGUCUGCUGAGACAUGGUCCCGCCAUGAUACCAAGAUCACCUCUACUAUGUUUACUCUACAUGGACUAACCCCUGAUACAGACUACCAGUUCCGCAUUGUUACAGCCAACAAUAUAGGCGAGAGCCAGGCUGGUCCUGCUUCUGACCCUGUUACAUGCAAAGAUCCAUUUGACAAACCCAGCCAGCCAGGUGAAAUUGACACUGUGAAUGUGAGUAACAACUUUAUCACCAUUCGCUGGCAAGCUCCAGAAUGUGAUGGUGGAAAGGAGGUUCUAGGCUACUGGGUAGAGUACAGAAAAUCCAUUGAGAGUACAUGGAAAAAGUGCAACAAGGAGAGGCUAAAAGAAAAGGAAUUUGCAAUGCCAGGACUGGCUGAGGCCACCGAAUAUGAGUUCAGAGUAUUUGCUGAGAAUGAAACAGGAAUGAGCAGGCCUCGUAGGACAGCCACAUGCAUCAAGACUAAACUGACUGCUGAAAGCAAACCAAGCUUGAGGAAGGAAAUGGAUGAAGUUACAGCCAAGCUUGGCCAGCCUGCUGUCAUGAAGUGCCAGAUUGUUGGCCGACCUGUUCCUGACAUUAAGUGGUAUCACUCUGGAAAGGAGAUUGUUGAGUCCCGCAAGUAUGAGAUGAACUCUGAUGGCCGCAAUCACUCUCUGUCUAUUAUGACCGACCAGCAAGAUGAUGAGGGAGAAUACACCUGCAAGGCCAUUAAUGAUGCAGGAGAAGCUGAGGCCACAGGCAUUCUGGUGUUGGAAGCUGCUCCAUCCUUCCAUCCUGAUUACCCACUGAAGAACACAUACUAUGCUGGUCUUGGAACUACUCUCCGCAUCCAUGCUGUUUACAUUGGUCGUCCCCAACCAAAGAUCAUGUGGUUACAAGGGUCAAAGACACUAGAAAACACAGAAGACAUUGGCAUUGAGACCACAGAGCAUUACACACACCUGGUUAUCAAGAAUGUCCAGCGCAGAGUGCAUGGAGGAAAAUACAGAAUUAGACUGCACAACCACUUUGGCAGGGCUGACACUGCUUUCAGUGUUGAAAUCUAUGACAAACCUGAUAUACCUCAAGGACCCAUUGUCCUGGAUGCGCUGCUUAAGAACUCUGUCAUCAUUAGCUGGAAACCUCCCAAGGAUGAUGGAGGCUGCAUGAUCACCAACUAUAUUGUGGAGAAGAAAGAAGACAAAGAAGGCACUGAAUGGGAACUGGUCUCUUCAUCCAUUAAUAGCACAUCAUGUCGUGUGCCCAACCUUAUUGACAGUGCUGGAUACUUCUUCCGUGUGUAUGCCCAGAAUCGAUAUGGCAACAGUGAGCCACUAGAGAUCACUUCACCUAUUCUAAUCAAGAGCCAACUCGAGAGACCAUCACCACCUUUGUUGCCAGUUGCUUCUGGAAUCACAAAGGACUCCUGUGUGGUUUCUUGGAAACCUCCACUCAGUGAUGGUGGUUCUAAGAUCAAAAGCUAUUGUCUUGAGAAGAAGCACAAGAAGGAUAGGAAAGAAUGGACUGACUGGACUCCAGUGACUACAGAUGAGAUCAAACAAACAGUGUUUUCUGUCAAGCACCUUACCGAGGGCACUGAGUACAUCUUCCGUGUUAAGUGUGAAAACCUUGGAGGAGAAAGUGACUAUAGUGAAGAGACCAGUCCUAUCAUUCCAGCCACAGCAGUGGAAGUCCGUGCUCCUGCAUUCAAGGAGGAGCUGAGAAACAUGAGUGUCAAGUACAAGAGCAAUGCUACCCUAGUUUGCAAGAUCACAGGACAGCCCAAGCCUGUGAUUAAAUGGUUCAGAAGAGGAAAAGAAAUACAUUUGGAUGAAAAGAAGAUCAAGAUCCAAGAAUUUAAGGGAGGAUAUCACCAGCUGGUCAUCACCGAGGCUGAUGAGGAGGACUCCACUGUUUACCAGAUCAGGGCCACCAACCAAGGAGGCUCUAUAUGUGCUACAGUCUCUCUGGAUGUUGAAAUCCCUGCCAAGAUCAACUUGCCAAAGAAUCUAAAGGACAAGGAAGCCAUUCCUGCCCUGCGUGGGGAAGUGGUCAAUAUCAAAAUUCCUUUCAGUGGUAAACCAGAUCCCGUCAUCACAUGGCAGAAAGGACAAGAUCUUAUUGACAGUGAUGGACACUACCAGGUGAUCGUCACCAGAUCCUUCACUUCAUUGGUGUUCCCAAAUGGAGUAGAUAAGAAGGAUGCUGGUUUCUACAUUGUCUGUGCCAAGAACAGAUUUGGCAUUGACCAACAAACAGUAGAGCUGGACGUUGCUGAUGUGCCUGAUCCGCCACGUGGUGUCAAAGCCAGUGACAUCUCCAGGGACUCUGUCACACUGAAUUGGGUGGCUCCAGCAUCUGAUGGUGGCAGCAAGGUUAUAAGUUACAUCAUUGAGAAGUGUCCAACCACAGCAGAGAGGUGGGAACGUGUUGCUCAAUCCCGUGAUACCCACUACACAGUCAUUAAUUUGUUUGGAGGAACAAGCUACCAAUUCAGAGUCAUUGCGGAGAACAAGUUUGGACAGAGUGCUCCAUCAGAAAGCAGUGGACCUGUCAUGACCAAAGAAGACAAAUCCAGGGUUCUACUUUAUGACAGGGAGGUUGAUGACACUGAACGAGUCCCCAAAGGCAAAGCUCAACACUCUGAAACUAAGAAUAUGCAUAAGAAAUAUUCCAUUGCAGAAGAACUGGGUCGAGGUCAGUUUGGCAUUGUUCAUCGCUGUGUUGACAUUAGAUCUGAGAAAACUUACAUGGCUAAAUUUGUCAAAGUGAGAGGUGCUGAUCAGACAAUAAUUAAGAAGGAAAUUACAACACUGAAUCUAGCCAGACACACUAACUUCCUCCUUCUUCAUGAGUCUUUUGAAAGCCCAGAAGAGUUGGUGAUGAUCUAUGACUUCAUCUCGGGUCAUGACAUUUUUGAGCGACUUAAUACACCAGAGUUUGAAUUAAGUGAGCGUGAAAUUGCAAACUAUAUCAGGCAGGUGUGUUCAGCUCUGGAGUUUUUGCAUUCUCAGAGAUAUGGGCACCUUGAUAUUAGACCAGAGAACAUUGUGUACACAACAAGAACCAGCUCCACUGUGAAGAUUAUUGAGUUGGGGCAGUCCAUACAUCUGACUCCUGGAGAACAAAUCAAGAUUCAGUACACUACUGCAGAGUAUGCUGCUCCUGAGAUCCACCAGUGUGACAUGAUUAGCACAGUCACUGAUAUGUGGUCAGUCGGUGUUCUUACCUAUGUACUACUUAGUGGACUUAAUCCAUUCACAGCUGAAACCAACCAACAGAUGAUUGAUAACAUAUCCAAUGCAGUCUACAGCUAUGAUGAUGAGUGCUUCAAGCAAGUCAGUGUAGAAGUAUUAGACUUCACAGAUCGUCUAAUGACUAAGGAACGCAAGCAUCGUAUGACUGCAGCUGAAGCUCUGGUGCAUCCUUGGCUUACAAAACCCACAGAAGAAAUUAGUGCCAGAGCAAUCCCAACUGGCAGGCACAAGAGAUACUAUCAGACAAUGGUCAGGAAAGAAUGGAACACUGUUGUCUCUGCAGCCCGUGUGGCCAGUGGUGGCUCAAUCAGGUCCCAGCGUGGCGUCUCUGUGUCAAAGGUUAAAAUUGCUCCAUUUGAACAUGGUCCUCUUGCAGGCCAGAUUAACCAUGCAGUGUUAACUGAGGGAGAUAAUGUCAAGUUCGUCUGUAACAUUGAAAACUAUGACAGCACUACUGAAGUUACAUGGUACUGUGGCGUGAGGCAACUUGAAGCUGGAGACAAAUAUGAAAUUGAAUAUGAGGAUGGUCUUGCUGUAAUUACUAUCAAUAAGGUCACACGAGCAGAUGAUGGUACUUACAGAUGCAAGGUUGUAAAUGAAUAUGGUGAGGACAGUGCCUAUGCUGAGCUGUUUGUCCAUGGUGUUAGAUCUUACCAAGACUUCUUCACCACCCGUGUGGUAAGGAGAACAAAGCGCAGAGUUGAUACUACCAGAAUGCUUCAAAAGCCACCAGAGUUCACCCUCCCUCUUGUCAACCGCACUGCUUAUCUUGGUGAGGAUGUACGCUUUGGUGUCACAAUCACUGUUCACCCUGAGCCCCGUGUCAUCUGGCACAAGACUGGGCAAAAGCUUAUCCCUGGACAAGAUGAUAGGAAAUACAGCUUCAUUAAUGACAAAGGCUUGUACCAAUUGAUUAUCCGCAAUCUGGAGAAAGAAGACGAUGCUGAAUAUAGUGUUGUGGCUCGCAACAGGUACGGUGAUGACAGCUGCAAGGCUCGCCUUACUGUCGUGCCUAGACCUAAACCAGCAGACCUUACCCUGAGGCCCAUGUUCAAACGGUUGCUGGCAAAUGUUGAGUGCAAGGAGGGUCAGAAUGUUCGUUUUGAGAUUAGAGUUUCUGGCCACCCAACACUGAAGUGGGAGAAGGAUGGCACACCUUUAGCCUUUGGACCAUCCAUUGAGGUGGUUCAUGAGGGCUUGGACUAUUAUAUCCUUCAUGUGAAAGACACUCUUCCUGAGGACUCUGGUGUGUACAGAGUCACAGCUACCAACUCUGCUGGAUCUGCCAGUUGCCAAGCAACACUCAAAGUAGAAAGAGUAAUUCAUGUCAAGAAAGACUAUGAGACCAGUGAAAAGGAGAAGAGAAAGCUGUCUGGGCAGGAAGAGUUAGACAAAAAGGUCAGACUGUCCCAGAUUUUGUCAGGUACUGUUGUUUCACCUCUGCCACCUUUAGCUGUAGAAGCUGUCAGGGAAGCAGCCACCAUGUUCAAACCUGCUGUCACAACUAAGAAAGGUGAAAAGACUGAAGCUGAGAUAAAGAAAGAACAAGAGGAGAGGAAGAAACGGGCAGAUGAGAAGAGAAUGCGUAUGCCUUAUGUUGUCCCCACACCUCGCAUCAUUAACCCUGCUGUUCUUGAGGAGGAUGUGGAAAUAAAACACUUCCAGCCACUCUCUGACAUGAAAUGGUACAAGAAGCUGCGGGAUCAAUAUGAGUUCCCUGAGCCAAUGGAAAAAAUUCGGCAGAAGAGAAUGAAACGUAUUCGCCUUUCCAGGUGGGAACAGUUCUAUGAGGUUCCCAUCAGAAUCAAGGAACAGUAUAAGCCUAAGUGGCGAAUUUCAUCUCUGACUCAAGAUGACUUGGAGACAGUGAGGCCUGCAAGAUAUCGCACUUCUUCUCCUGAGAUGGAUUCUUAUCGCAGAAUCAGGAGGAGGUCUUUAGGUGAUCUCUCAGAUGAGGAGCUACUGCUACCUGUGGAUGAGUAUCUGUCCAUGAAAAGAACAGAGGAGGAGAGACUUCGUCUGGAAGAGGAGCUGGAACUAGGCUACUCUGCUUCUCCACCAAGUCUCAGCCCAGUUCGCUUUGAACUGUCUGCUUUACAUCCUUCCUCUCCAAGGAGAGUCGACAGUGAGGAGGAAGAAGAAGAGGUUAAAAGAUACGACUCCUACAGAAUUCCAUCUAAAUAUGAGGCUGGACCAAGCUUUGUUGACCUUCGCCAACGUCAUGAUAAAGCCACAUACAAACCUCCAAGGCAGAAACAAAAAGUAUAUGAAGAGAGAGAAGAUCUGGAACUGCUACGCCCUCAUACAACCACAGAGAGAAUCUCAACGUACAAGAGUCAGCUCAAACGGAUGGAAUUUGAGGAGAAGACACGAAUUGUCAAAAAGGAAGCAGAUGUUGCAGUUUCAUCUAUCUCUGAGAUCACUGAAUCUGAACACCUGACAACUUUUACAGCAGAAUAUGUGCCUAAACCAAUUAAAAAGCUUCCUUCACCUGAACCAACAACAACAAAAUAUCUUACCCAGGAGAAAGCCUUGAAAACUGAUAUUACUUUUCCUAAAGUUGACUUUUUAUCCAGGUAUGAAGAGAGGAAGCAGGCUCUCAGAUCAGAGAGAAAAUCUAUAGAGAAGACGGUUGAGGUGGUGACACAGGCUCCCUUUAGCCUUGACCAUCCCCCACGUAUUACCAUCAGGAUGCGAUCACAUCGUGUACCCUAUGGCUCUAACACAAGAUUUACCCUAAAUAUUCAAGCUAAGCCUGAGCCUGAGAUCACAUGGUUCCACAAUGGUAAAGAAAUUCAUCAGAACGGCAAAUACCACAUGACCAACUUUAGUGGUGUUUUAACUCUCCAGAUCAACAACUGUGUGACUGAAGAUACUGGUACCUAUCGUGUGAUCUGUAAGAACUGUAAAGGAGAGACUUCUGACUAUGCUACACUGGAUGUAACAGGUGAAGAAUAUGUUGCUUUCUCAUCCCUCCGCAAGGACGAGGAACCUCCAUCAGCCCAUCUACCAGAAAUGACCCGAACAGAAGUGUACCAUGUUUCAUCUUCUAAAUCAACUGUAGAAAAAGUUGUGACUGAAACUGCUAAAGAGACUACUACUAUUGUCCAGAAGCCAAAGGAGAAGCCAAGUGUUCCUGCCACAAUUGUAACCAAACCAAAGUCCAUGACUGUGGAGAAGGGAGAAAACGCCAGAUUUGAGUGUGAUGUGGAUGGUGAUCCAGCCCCAUCUAUCACCUGGCUACGUGAAGGAGAAGCUGUUGGUUCCUCUGCCCGUCACCACGUUGUCUCUACUCAGUUCAACUCCACCUUUGAGAUCUCUGCUGUUGAGAUGUCAGAUGAAGGAAACUACACUCUACUAGUAGAAAACACUGGAGGAAAACAGGAAGCCCAUUUCACUUUAACAAUCAAAAAGUCCGAGUCAAAGGAAGAAGUAGUUGCUGCUCCCAGAGUUACUUCUCCAGAGGCUAAAUCUCCUGUUGCCAAGUCUCCUGAACCAGUCAAAUCUCCUCAGAGAUUAAAGUCCCCUGAGCCCAUCAAGUCACCUCAAAGGGUUAAGUCCCCAGUCUCACCAAAAUCCCCAACACCAAAGUCUCCAACACCAAAGUCUCCAACACCAAAGUCCCCUACUCCCAAAUCUCCAACGCCAUCUGAAAAGGAACAAGGGAUCUCUCCAUUCAAGUCACCAAAGAGGGUGAGGUCACCACCUCUUGAAAAGAAGCCAUCCUUCUCAGCUGAACUGAGUGACAUCACUGCAAUUCCUGACUCUAUCAUCAAACUGUCGGUAAAGAUGACAGGAGAACCUAAACCUGCAGUUUCUUGGAUGAAGGAUGGAAAGGUUCUGUCUCAGGGUGGGAAAUAUAAAAUAUUGGAGGAUGGUGGUUCAGCUCAUCUAGAGAUCUACGAAUCAGAAAUCUCUGAUAGUGGGGUGUACAAGUGCACUGUUACCAAUGCUGCUGGAGUAGCAGCAUCCACCUGCGCAGUCAUUGUACAAGCUCUUGUUGAGGACCCAACAAAAAUUAUGACUGUGGAAGGCAGAUCUCUUACUGAUGCUGCUGAGAGCAUGCAGAAAGGUUUCUUGACCUCCUCUGUUCAAACAGAGGCCAGCAGCUACAGCAGAGGUUCACGCACUGCUGUCGGCCAAUAUUCGUUUGAGAGCAUGUCUGCAACUAACUUCUCUGCCAUGAUGGCUGAGUCAUUGGUUUCCAUGAGCUCCAGCAGCCAAACGAUGGAAAUGUCUUCCUGUUCGCAUGUUGGCCGCCUUACCACUGGGGCUAAAAGAGGCUCUCCACCAAAGAUCGAAUCUCUUCCUGAGCAUGUAAGUGCUGAGCCAGGGAAAUCCCUGACCGUGACAGGCGUGUUCUCCGGAGACCCCGCCCCCUCCGUACAGUGGGUCCGGUCGGGUUGGACUCUCCCUAACGAGGAUGAGCGGUUUCGUGUGGGGAACGCAGAUGAUCUGUCCACGCUGAUGAUCUCUGCGGUGAAGGAGGCUGACACAGGAGCGUACACCCUCCGACUGUCCAACGAGCUCGGCUCAGACUCUGCAACUGUUAACAUUCACAUCCGGUCCAUGUAAAAAAUAACAAAGAAAAUUUGAUUUCCCCCAUUUCCCUCAUCCCAGACUUUUAUUUACAACAUUACUUGAUAAAGAUCAGGAAUUUUCUUGUAAAUAGGAACUAUUUUUGUACCAAACUUGACAUUAAUUUUUGCCAAACUAGACUGAAGUCUAAAGAUGUAAAAUGUGCCAUAUUGGAUAACAUUGACUUAGGAUGUUUGAUCCAUUUUUCUGUGACAUGUACAUAAUGUAUAUAGCCGAAUUUACCGGUUAUGGGAAAUGUAUGCAUUGUUAUUUAUGACAAUAAUAUAAACUGAAACUUAAAGAAACUUGAUGUAGUUGAACAGGAGAAAGUUUCGACAGGAACGAAUACCCUGUUAAAGUGAGAAACUAAACUCUGUGCCUCAACGAUCAGUUGAAGUCUAAGAUUGCCUCAGCAGGUAGAGAGGCUCCCUGUUGAUGUUACGAACCACAAACAGAAAGACUAAGUUUUUUACACGCGUCUGUGCGUGAGAUUUUACAGUUGUACCAUGAGCGUAAGGCCCUGAGCGUUGUUUGCAUCACCCUCAUGUAAGCAACGUGAACCGGCCUUGUGCUCAGACUGACUGCGUCGUACCGCCAUGAUGUGAUGACCUGCAGAGAGCGCGAGCGGCCUGCCCUCUCUGCGUCAAGAUUCAUUUAAAUAAAGAGCGCUGUUUCUGCCACAGGACAGCCGAGUGUUCUUCUUAACGGAAACAUCUUCUGGCCAUGAGUAAACAAGAAGUCAGCGCCAGCUCUGCUGGGCAGAAACAGCGCCAUCUCCGGGAGGAUUGUAGCUACCAUGUUUGUGUUUUUGGUGUGAGUGUAGAUUUUAGUCGUUUCACUGUUUCGUUAGUCGGGGUUUUCUUUGUUCACAUCACAGCGUUUAUCUCCUGUGAGAUGAUCUGCAGCCCUGCACUUUGAUUGAAUUAUUCUGCUGAUGUAGAACUAAAUUUCUUCCUCCUGGAGUUUGAUGCAUUACUGAUUUAAUAAAGCAUGAUUUCAGCACUA